AGUUACACGGAGACUGUUUUUCCGCAGAAAAAAAAAAAUCAGGCAGUUUUCAGGCUGCAGAGACAGAAAACGACACAGAGUCUGAGAGCAAAAGAAUGGAUCACUGAACUGAGAUCUGCAACAACGAAGACACACAGGUAGGAUCUUUGUUUUAUCUUUUUACAUGUUAAAGAUGACAAACUACAACGAGAUGUUACCUUUUUGGGAAACUUGUGGGAUUUGAAGCAUCUCUACAGAUGAUGAGAAGUUUUAAAACUAUGUGUUUGAGGUGAUCUCGCUUUGGAGAGUGGGCUUAAACUGUGAGUUUUUCAUACACGCUGACUUUAGUCCAUGUUGGUAAAUCGUGAAAAUCCUCUGUUUGAUGUACAAAAGAAAAAGUAGUUCUUCUCAUCUUUGGUGCUGCAAUUGCAUGAGUUAACCUACAGGGGGCGCCUCAGCCCUUGAAUUUGCACUCAUCCAUAUAAUCAGCGUCUAUGCACUCUUGACAUUGUUGAUGCUCUCACCUGUGUUUACUUUCCACUUUCAUGCCUCCACAAGUUUCACAUCAGUUAUUCCUGAUGUCUUUCUGAGACUUCUGCCACACCCACUCAACACACACACAGACACACAAACACACACUCACAGUACCAGCUCCAGUGAGUGACACUGACACAUAACUCCGGUCCUCUACUUUUGCCUCCAAGGUUUCUCACUCUCUCUGCUGUCAUGCCUGAGAUAAGGAAAUGUCCUUGUGCCUAAACGUUCUCCUCGCUGUUGGCAGGAGAUGUUGUGAAACUGCAGCUGCUCUAAAUCAGACUAAAAUGGAGUUACUUAUAUUUGGGGUUCAGACACAACAGUUUCAUACAUAUGGGUAGAUUAUUAAUUGUUAAAAUAUGUAAUCCGUGAUUUUUCUAUUGUGUAUUUUUCUGCUGAGUGUCUCUGGGAAUGAUUUGUUGCUUACUUUAACAUAAACAGAAGACUGUCAGGGGCUCGUUAAAUAAUUUAAAUAAACAGUCUUGCUUUUACUCACAUCUUACAUCAAACUCCUUAAGGUUCCUCUGUGGGGGACUCUGUUAGUGUUAGUUUGGUGCCCCCUGUGGGCAAAGCAGUACCUUCAUGACUGUUAAGUUUGUGCAAAAAUCUCAUCCUGCUUUAUAAUCACAGUGAAAAUAUUACUUUAAAACAAAUUCUGCUAUGGACAAUAAAAGCAAAGACUCAUUUGACUGCAUACAGUUAAUGUCAUUGACCCCCACCCCCCAGUAGUAGUUUCACUAGAUAGAUAGAUAGAUAGAUAGAUAGAUAGAUAGAUAGAUAGAUAGAUAGAUAGAUAGAUAGAUAGAUAGAUAGAUAGAUAGAUAGAUAGAUAGAUAGAUAGAUAGAUAGAUAGAUAGAUAGAUAGAUAGAUAGAUAGAUAGAUAGAUAAACUUUAUUGAAAUAUAUACAAUAAAUACAGAUUAAAUAUACUAAACAUCCUAAAAGAAAAAAGUGAGAUAUGAAAAACGUGGGCUAUUGAAAUGAGUAAUAAAUAUGAAAUGUGAAAUAUACAGUUGGGAUGAUAAAUAAACAGACAAUUUAAGGUGCUAAAGUAAUACAAUGUGGUAGGAGUUUUUUUUAAAUGUACUGUACAGCAGACAGGUGUGAGUCCCUGUCUGACAGAUGUGAGUUAUUGAACAGUGAAAUUGCUUGUGGAAUACAUGUCCAUGCUAAUGCUCCCCCUUUUAUUUGUAAUUUCAGUCUGUUUCAUAACCUGUUAAAAGCUCAUAAUGGAGCUGAUUUUUGCGUGAAACUUCAAACUAUACCGUCUUAAGAAAGUCUGAUUCUUUACUGAAAAAUUAUUCUCUUGAUUUAUGAUUUAUUAGAGGUAGUCCACUCUGUCAAUCGUCAUAGAAAAACAUGAUUAAUGUGAGUAAGUGUCUCCCUGAUUCUUCAAAAUGACUUGUUUUGUCUACAACUAGAUCUCUGACCUUUCAUCAAUUAAUCAUUGUAACUCUAAGCUUCAGCUAACAUCGUGAUAAAUGUGUAUUUAAGCAGAAGAACUGAAUCGCACAAAACAGAAAAUAAACUCAAGCAUCUCAGAUUUGUUGACUUGACUAAAUGUUGCACCGGUGGAUCCCUCACCAGUGUUCACUUUCACACAAGAGUUAUUUUUUUAAGGUCUGGGCUGCAAAACUCAUUAUCAUCUCACUAAUCCAGAACAUUCACCUCUGGUUAUCCUCUUCAGUAUUUGCAAAUCAAGAUGUUUUGCAAACAUAUAUCACCCUGAAAUAGCAGCAGUUACAAUAUAUCAUUCCAGUCUAUCUGCUGGAGACAUUUAUAGCUAUUUUCCUGCACGUUUUAAGAGGAGGGGGUGUCUUUACUUGUCUUUGCGUCUGUCAGAGCUGUCAGGCUGGAACUCAGGCCAAUCAUGACUUGUCAACUUAAUCCUGGAGCUGCCUCAGGUCUGUUUCAGAAACCUGAUACAGUGUUUCUUGUAGAAAAUGUAUUUCUCAAUAUAGCAGAUAAACGGGGCAGCUAUCUGCUCUUGAAAGGGUUAAAUAAAUCCAUAUUUUCUUCUUUUAAGCUCCUGGGAACAUCCAGAAGCUAGAAAGAAAGAAUCUGAGGUGAAAUUUUGGUGUGUAGGUGGAAAAAUCCCCACCGAGCUACAGAAUAAUCCCCAUGAAUGUUUUGGGAUUUGGGAUUCAGAGUGGAUCCUUAAAAACACACACACGUAAGAUUAAGGGAUUAUUUGAGAAAAUAAUCACUUACACUGUCUGUUUUUGGCAGGUGUGUAACCAUGAGAGAAAAGACAAAAAAAAAAUCAAACUAGCUGCAGUUUAAAGAAGGAACAGAAAGUUUCUCAGCUCAGUGAGAUGGAUGGGGUUUAAUCAAAUAAAAAUGUGAUUGUACACGUGGAGCAGCCACAUGUGAUGUUUUGAUUUGAGCUUUCUUCAGCGCUUCCAUGUUGUGCAAGAACAGGAUGUGGCUUUUAAUGAGAAAUCCAGACAGCACUGCGAUCAAUAAAAAAAAAACUUCAGUGAGAGAGAAGCUUUAGUUCAGUCUGGUAUAAAACGUCCCACAGACUGGACUCUUUUGUUGCUCGGACAGCGAGGAACUGCAGCGGUUUCAGGAAAGACACUCAUUUUAUGAGGCCUUGAAAGGUUUGCGGUGACUCUCUGAGAAAAGCUGCACGGUGGCACGGCUCUAUAGGCCUCCUGCUGACUUGAUGUUACACACUGUGAUGACGGAUGUCUGGCUUUUUGCGACUUCCUCUGUUCCCAGGUCUGUGGGAUGAUAAGACACCACAAGAGACUGAAUGAACUGCAGCUUUUAGUGAAGGGAAGUGCUUUCAGGUUCUGAAUAAAGAUGUUACAGUGGAGAAGACAAGAUGAUCAAUAGACAGGAGCUAUUUUUGAGUCAUUCUUUUUAUCACUAGAUAAAACCAACCUGUUUCUGAAAUUUGUUUUAUAAAUUUGAUUAUCCUUCCUCCUGUUUUAGCUUUUACUACGCACCCAUCAUGUUAAGGGUCGGUUUUGACCCGUGUCUUAAUUCAGCUGUAAAUUACUCUAAAAAUAAUUCUCUUUGAUCCAGUUUGGUUCUCAUCUCUAUGUUACCUUGUUAGGCUUCAUUAUCCAUGAAAAUAUUGCUUAUAAUAUUUUUUGUUGUGGGUCUCUGGGUCUUUCUUUGUCAGUAUACCCCUCACACAGACAUCUAUACUGAACUGAUCUCACAUAUCUAGACAUGCCUGAUGUUGUAUUUUGUGCAGGAAAAACAUGGAAAAAUGAGAAUUUCCUAAAUCUCACAUGAUUGGAAGAGGAUCUGACUGUCAGUGUGGUGCCUGACAGUGGACUUAUGAUUUCAGUUUUUGCUCCAAUUAUUAGAUAUUGAUCUAACCGUGUCAACAGCGACCCUAACAUGAUAAGUGCCAUAAUUUUAAUAAGAGCAUUUUAUAAUUUAGUCUAUUUAAAUUUUUUUAUUUCAUUUUGUUGAAAUAGAGGUUCCUAACCAAGUCAAAAAGUCAAUCUAUGUGGUUCUUUUAAACAUUUAAAACAUAAAACGGGUCGAUGCAGACCCUAACCCAGGAGGAGGGUUAAGUCUCUGGUUAGGGUCUAUGAACACGCUCGGUCUGGAGCUCUCUUUGUUGGUGGGACAGCUGAGCAGAGACAGGAAAUGCUGGGAGUAGAGACAAGGGGGAAGACGUGCAGUAAAAGUUUGUGGCCGAGAGUCAAACCAGCGACUACUGCAAUGACGACUAUAGCUUCUGUACAUAGAGUUCACAUUUAAACCAUCAGGCCAACGGGCGCCUCUGCUCUGGUCUACAACAGCCAAUAUCUUCGUUCAGUGGUCAUGAUUACAAUUAUAGCAGGCUCAGACUUACUGUUGCGUGUCUUUCCGGGUAAAGCAGUUGGCCGCAGUUUUGAUCAGUUUUUAAUCACUGACAAAACAAAACAAAAAAAAGUCAUGAUUAAGUUUUAAAGAAGGCUGAAACCCUAAGAUAUAGUGACUAAUCAUCGCUGUUUGUUUCAUCCAGUUGAAAACAUGACUCAGAAUUUCAUGGUGUUUGUCCUUUUUAUCAUGAAAUAUUUUGCCACUUAUCUCUUCCUCCCCAUGAUAUCUUAAAACACUAUCUUAAGACUGAAUUUUGUCUUUAUAAACUUGAUUGUUGUCAUGGAGACAAGCCAAACCAAACUCUUGCUUUCAUAGAUAGUAUUUGUUUGUUGUUACUACAAGGAUGUCCAUGCUCUGGCCAAAUCAAGCUUGGUUUUAUUUGGGGUUUAAUAUGAUCUUUACUUAAAUUCCACCGUAGGUCAAAGGUUGUUAUUCUUGCCUCUUCGCUCUGCUGUUUUUUGACCAUUACAUCUUUUCCAUUCUUGCAAACUACAUAUCACAGGAACUAGGUAGAAAGCAGACCUGAGGAAGCCACAUGGAGGCUCCUCAUCGGUUCUGUUAUAGAAGAGCAAAGUGUCUCUGUUUAUUUUAUUGCGAAACACUUUGCAGCGUGGUCAAAAGAGGUGCUACAUAAAAUAAACUUUGUUUGCUUCCUUAUAUUUUAAGCAGAUGAGUACAUUUGUAUGGCUGCUGCCCACUUUACCACUGAGAAACAUACCACACGAGUUUGAAAUUCAUGUGGCUUUCUCAUCCUGUUGUUGUCUGGUAUUUGUAGAAAUGUGACCAAAGAACAUGCCCAGUCUGAAAUGUUUUAUGAGCUCACAUUACAAAGACACUCUGUAUUAUUCUGUGAAUCGUGCAGAGCUGCUGCAGGGAAUGAGAUAAGUGUUGUAAUUUGGUUGGAGUUAACUCAAGCUUUUGGGGGGAUUUUACAUUUUGGGAGAAUAUUUUCAUUUUUGCGGUCAGCUUAAGUUGGUGCAUGUGGUUCAGCCAUGUAUGAUUUCUUGAGGAGUAUAAAACUUUGGGUCGUAACUACUCAUAUUGACUUUAAUACUGUUUUAAGAGUAACUCCAGACAAGACGGAAAAGAUCUCUUACCUUUCCUCUAAUUGUUUGCACUUGCUGCACCUGUAGCCUCAAUACGACUCACAGAAAAGUGAGAUAUUUAACCACAAGAGGUUAACAGUAACGAGACUUUCAGGAGAUGUUCAGCCACAUUUUAAUUUUUGGUUUAACCAUUUAAUAUUAAUAUGUAACCUGAACUUGACAGCAUGUUUAUGCCCACUUUUCUCAUAGUAACAACUUGACAAAACAUUUGAUCAUUUUUUAACUAACCUUUAUAAAAGACUUACCUACCCUCUUAACAAGGUUCAACAUCAACACAGACAUGUUGUUUUUAAAUGCAUCCAUAACCUGUACUUUUAAUUAUUAAAGCUGAUACUGCAAGUGCACUUGAUGGUUUUUAAUGCACGAUCAGUAAUGUAAUGUAACCAAGUACAUUCAACUAAAGAGAAAAAGAUCAUCAGGGGGUAAAGCCGUCCAUUAUUUGAUGUUUCUAAUAUUGUUGUCAAAGUAGUUAGCAACAAUUAGCCAAACAGAUUUCACAGAAUAUGAUAUUUGUAAGUGUGUUUGAUCUGGUUAAUAAUCAGUAUUUAAUUUCGUCAAUUUAAAAUGGGACUUUUAUACUGUAUACACAGGAGCAGGUUACCCUCCACCAUCUUGCACGGCCAUGUUUUUAUUGUAGCACAGAACUGACAAAGUAAAGCAUACAUGUGUUUUUGUAUUUUUCAAGUGACUAAAAUGCACUGGUGGGGAGUUUAAGAGGAGCGUGGUUGUUGUGCACAAAGGUUUUGUACUGAUAGAUGUUUUUGAUUGUGAGAUACUUUAAGAAAUGGAGGCUGGUUAUGCAUCACAAGAACUUUUUGACUUUGAAGGCUGCUGCUGCUUCACUUCUUUAGCAAAGAGACUAAACAAAACUCACCUAGUUUCUACGGAGACCUCCGGGCGAGUCCAUGGACUGCAGUGAGGUGACGCAGCUCAAGGACGAACAUUUAUGAUCAUUACUUUAUCAUUUCCUUGAAGACAUAAUCUCCAAAUUAAUCAUUUUGCACUGCAGACAUGGUAGUUCUUCUGCCUUAGCGUCUCGGUCUGAUUGCAUUUCCAUGAAGUACUGAUCAUAAAUGUUCUUCCUUGAGCUGCGUCACCCCGCUGUAGUCCGAAAUGGACUCGCCUGGAGGUCUCCGUACAAACAAGCGGCUGCUGGAAGUGAGUGGGUGAGUUGUGUUUAGUCUCUUUGCUAAAGAAAUUAGGCAAAGCUAAAAAGAUGUUUGGUGGCAAGUAAUAUGGCUGAGACCCUAUAUGAACUGUUGAUGAAGUUAGGUGCUGUUCUGAGCAUUAUUUGUGGCUAUAGAGUGGCUUUUUGGUUGAGUGUGUGGCUCUCUGUAUUGCUGUCUGCUGUUGUUACUAAAGUUGGUAUAACUAGAGAAGCAAGCGGUCAGCAACAUUUAUCUCUUGAGGGGGAGUCUAACUCAGUGUUAUGGUGUGUUUGACCCUAACUUAAUUUUACACCGAAUUAACAAAGGAGCCAAAAUUAGCUUAAUUUUCUUAAUUACUGAAAAGAACAAAAAAGAUUCUUGUAGGAGUAUUUAGCCUGUGUCGCAAAACUCUGAUCUACUACUUACUUUGUUUACUAAAGUUAUUUGUAUAAAACAGAAUAAGAUCUUGAUAUUUUCAUUCAGAGUGAUGUCUCUAAAAUGUACGUGUUCAUGUGGAUAACUGAGAUUCCACAUGCUCUAUAGGAAGCUGGGAUCCACAUGUGAAAGACAUCAUUGUGCAGACUGAAAUGUAUUCUCAUUGAGUGGAGCUUCCAGCAGCCUGACAAUGUCUGUAUGCGGGGCUGGCAACAUGCUCUCACCCCAUCAGCAGCCUUCAUCCCUUGAAUAUUCAUCUAAACUCCUCACCCUGACGCUGACAAUAAACAAGGGACAGAGAGCAUGAAUGCCUGGCUGAGGAGGAGGAAGAGGAGGAGGAGGGCAAGAGGGGCAAAUCCUGAGGAAAGUGGGGGGCAAACAACCCGGUUCCAUGGCAACAAGUCCUGCCCUCCACUCUGCAGCAGACUGAGAGUGGGAAGGCAGGAGGGUUUUAUCUUUUUUUUCUCUUUUUUUGUCGGUUUUUGUUGGAAAGACAUUAGUCGGAGUUCACCGUGGAGAGUAGGUAACCAGCCAAAGUUUUCCAUCGCGGAGACGGAGUGGAUUAACGCGUCGCUAAAAGGGAUUAUAAUCCGAAAAUGUCAGCAGCAGACAUGGACGUGUGGAGUAACUCGAAGGUAAAAAAAAACCGUCUGAUCCUUGAACCGUUAUUGUCGAGCUAAAACAAGGGGAUCAAACUUUAAACUGGCGCUGAGAGUAAAACAUAUAAAGAAAAGAAAACUUUGGAGUUGUGUGAAAAAGUCGCAGCGUGCGUAAAAAUGUAGUCCUUAUCUACACGUGACCAUAUUUGGUCAUCGGCAUGUUAAACGAUGAAGCUCCGGCUAAAACACCGGACUGUUUUUCUUUCUGCUGACCCUUUGAAUGAAGAAAAAUGUCCCAGCGGAUUCAAGCAGCGACUGUGUGGGCUGCAAUUACUCCAAGUUGUCGCUCGGACAUCCAACAAGUCACAACAGAAGCAGGACAGGACAACAGGAUUCAGCAGUUUGUUGGAUAGACUUUUCCAGGGGGGUUGGGGUUCAAUUUAAGACUAGUUAUGAUUUCUUGCAGAGGAGCCUUCAUAUGGGCUUACUGCGUUAAAUUUGCAUUAUAGAUGGUUUUGCAUUCAAAGGCAGGGUACAGACAUACAGAACAACCAUCAUCUGAAUGUGACUUACUGUACAUGCAGUGAGCAGUUUUCUGUGCUAAUCUGGAGUUGGUGUCUAUCAGUAUUGUAGCAACCCAUACCCUAUAUGUAAUUUUAGUUAUGGGAGGUUAUUAGCCAGUGUAUUUUUUAAUGUAUGCUCAUCUUCAGUUCCAGUUUUAUUUAAUUUAGGUGGUCAUGCAUGGGUGAAGCAAAAUUUAAUCCAGUAAUUCUGUAAUGAUAAUAUUUAAAAUUGAAUUACAGUCCAUUAUUGAAAAUUUUAUCCACGUGUUACAUCUUCCACUCAUUUGGAUGACAACAUUUGGUUCAUGCAAGACAUGAUUCUCUGUGUGAAUUGGUGAUCUAGUGUUAGAAAAUGCAUAAAGUAUUUUAAAAGCAACAAUAGACACUAUCACUAAGUGCUUUGUCAACCAACUUGAUAAGAUUUGGUUCCUCUGGAAAAUAUAAACAAGUUUUCUUAACAGAUUUAAACUGGUGUCCAUAUGAUUUAUUUUUCAGCGUUUAGUCCAAACUCCAGAGAUGUGUCUGGUUUUCUCUAGCUCUCCUCUUCCCCCUUGAAACUCUUUCUAUUGUGUAAUCAAACAAUGACCUUCCCCUCUCACUGGACAGGACUGUCAACACAAAGCUAUUGAGGAAAUUCUUCUCUGGUCUCUUUUCUGUUUAACAGCAGUGCGCCUGGCCUCUAAUCACAGGCUUUUAAAGGGACCGCCGCUCGCUCAACAUUACUCUGACAGUCUACCUCCGACCAUCAAUCUACCCUGAUAGCAAGGAUGUAAUUUAGCAAGGAUCUUAAAAGCUUUUUAUUUAAUACUUCUUUUACACAAUGAACCAUUGAACUGGUGGAAAUCCACAUCUUUGACAAAUUAAGCCCUUGAGGAAAUAGUCUGGACUGAAUGAGAGACCAAACUGCCACAUUUAUAGAUAUUUUUGUUGAGCUUCACUAAAUGUAUGUGACAUGAGACCUUAUAUAGUUAAGAUGGUUUCAGUCACAUUCAGUCAGUAAUAGUCAUGUAAUGCAUUGAAAUAUGAGUGGAGCGUCUGCCUCCUCGCUGGGUGAACAGCACCCUCUGGUGACGGGCUGCAGUAUAGGUCAUAAACCCCACCUACUCCAGCAAUCCCUAUGGAGUUGUAGACAAACUUUAGAAAUUUAUUACACAGAAUAUACAUUUUCUCCCCCCUGCUUGUGAUGUUGACAUGUAGUUACUGUAAGACUGGUUUGUACUCAAGUCCUCUUUUUUCUGUGAAGCUCUGUUUUUAAAAGUUAUUAGGGGGUUCAUGUUUUCUAUAAUUGACACUUGAUACAGCCUAUGGGUGUACAAAGAUUGUGUAGCUCACCGAGGGGAUACGCUGUUUGAGCCGAGCGUCAUCACAGUGAUUCUUGGCGACUCUCCCGCCGAAUGCGUACAAUGCUACUGCGCAAUGCUGAUUUCAGGGAAUGGAGAAAAAACGUAGAAAUACUGAGAGCUUUUCGGCUUUAAAUCCGUAUACUGGCAGAAGGCAGAACCAAGUUGUCCAUAGUGUGUACACUCUAUGGAAUGGACCAAUAGAGAUAUUGACAAAUCAUUGAGCUUUUGAGUCAGUAGAUGGCAAAUAUUUAAUAGAGCUGAAAAGUCAUGGAUAGUUGAUUCAAAAAUAUCUCACAGUGAUAUUUCGGGUAGUUGUAACCCCAGAUGAUACUACGUGAUCAUUUGAGAUCAUUUGAGCUCGUGUCAUUAUAGAGUUGACGUUAAUUGAAGAGUCUUUUGUUAUCUUGUUACACCUUUGUUAAGUUGAACUUGUCCUGCAGAUGUUUGGAUGGAGCGAUCUAUUUAGCUUUAGUGCCGUUAUUACAGCAAGUUGAAGAUUCAAGAAAUGUCCACAGCUUUGGUGAUAACAGUCUCCUGCAGUUAGUUGCAGGAAUAUGUUUGUUUUCUGGCGCUGAAAAGCUCUGAAGAAAUGGUUUAGCUCAACGUCUUGCUGGAAAGAACUUAAGACAGCCAGUCAAAGUAGAGGGAGUACACUCAGAAUUAUUUCUUUUUAGCCGAUUUCUCAAUUAGAUAUCUUCUCCAGAGUUGUUCAGGUCCUAAGACUGUCCUCCCUAACUUCAUCCCAUCAUCAGCUGAAGAUACCAACCUCUGAGGGAGAACGCUUCUUCAGAUAAGAGGACUCACUUCCAGUUUCUCCUAAUCUCAUGGUGCUUCUCUGCUGAUGUUCAGUCAUGUUAUGGCUCUAAGUAACCAUAGCUAGACAUGCUUUGUUGUAGUGAAGUGUACUGUUAAAUUGCAGAAUAGUUGAGACCCAUUAAAGUUAUUUUUGAACGUCAGAGGCUGUCCUGCUGUCUGCCAGUACUAAAUCAAACUCUUGUUUGAAGACACAGAUUUAUGAUCCCAGCCCUACAGCUUCUGCUUUGCUUUUAAACUGGUUAGGUUCAGCUCUGUCAUAGAUUUACUGUGCACCGUUAGAAACAAAACCAACAGCCACAUUUUUACUUGCCUAUGUCAUAUUAAAACCCGCUCUUUAUGCAGAAUAAAUUUACUGAUGUUUGAAGUUUAUAACUGCGUGCAUACCGUGCUUCCUUACCAUGACAUCAUUAUGUCAGAGCGAAUAUGUCGGGAAAUGUUCUGCCUUUAUUUCUUCAGGAUGUUAAUCUCAAAUACGCAAGCACUUAGCUGUCAGCUUUGAAGUCAGAACACAAACUAUCAGCAGUGUUUGUGGAGCUUUCAGCCCUAAAAACACUCGUCUGAACCUGUUGGUGUGUGUUUUUUUUUUCUUAAAACGUGCAAUUUGCUAAUCCUUGUCAUAAAGCAGACGGUUGAUAACCCAUGAUGAAUGGCUGGUGGGUUUAUCUCGGAGCGUAAUUCUUAUAGUGCCAUAAAUCAGUGUACUAAGGUAUGCCAACGAAUUCCAGAUCAUUCAGGCCAAAGAUGUGACGCUACUUUCUAACCAACCUUCCUCUAAUUUGAUUGCAAUACAUGCAGUGGUUUCUUUUGUAAAAUCAACUCCAGUUUUCAAAAUUUUCUAACCUUUUUUCGUUUGUGAUUAAACUCUUUCUUUUAAAAAACAUCCAGUCUUAGCAGAGCAUUCUUACCUGCUUUAAGCUCAUACACAAAACAAGCGUCAACACAGGUGAUAUAUUCGUGGAAGUGUUUUUGUUUGCCUGUCUGAUUUCUGACUCUGAGACCUAGCCAAACAAGCAUCCAUCUAACCGUAUUCAUGUCCUUGGAGAUGUCAAACUGUGUGUGUCAAAGGUCAGCUCUGUGACACACACACUCACUCGCCCCCCUGCUGCAGCUCAGAUGGAUAUAAUCCCGUUUUCCACAUGCCUGCCUCUGCAGCUGUGCAUGCUCAUAUCUAGGUUACACAGACGUUUUUUUUUUUCUCUUUUCCACAAAGAGAAAAUAUGCCAUGAUCAGUCUGGAAAAAAAGAGCUGAACCAGCUCGAAAAGGAGAUAAAAAAAAGAUUCAGAGAAUUGGUUCCACCUGGCCUACAGAGCUAUACAGUGGCAGCAUGCGGUGGAGUGUUGGGGUAAUUAUAUAGGUAUGGCUCUGUGCAACUGCCAGUAGCAUCAACCUUGGUGGUUUUCUUUUAUAUGGAGACACAUUAAGGCUGUCAGGCUUUGUUUGCUUUCAACAGACAGUAGGUUAUUUUCAGAUUUCGCAUAAUUCUGCAGUUUUUGAACGGAAAUUGAUUUUUUCCUUCCUGUUAUGUUUGUUCAGUUCACAUGUGGCUGCUACAGACUUUCUACUUCCUACUACAAUGUUCAGUUCACUAAGAUCCGUCUCAUCUCAAGCCUCUUUGUCUUUACAGGACAAAACUGUUCUCACUGCAGAUAUUCAAACUAUGGUGUGGAUCAGUCAGUGUGUGGGCUCACGCCUGCCAGUGCGCUGUGACGUGUGGAAAAGGUUGAGACUUUGCAGAGAUUUUACACCCUGCCUUUCCACCAUAGCUUCUUGGCUGCCUGCGAUGCUCUCUGCAGUUUUAAAAACCUUGAAGUCAGGUUGCUGAUCUGCAGAAAAUAAUAAAGAACAGAUCAGCAACCUGAAAAAGCAGAAGAACUCUCAACAUGGAGGCUGCUUCGGGAUGAACAAAGAUCUUAGUUUGCCCGUCAUGACGUCAAUUAAUCCUAGAAUAAAUAGUGAAAGCUCUUGUAGCUGGAAUAUCAAGUACCAUGUGCUUUGAGAGCAUAUUUGUGGUCUUUACUGAAUGAAAAGGAAGCCUAUGGAUGCAGGUGUCUCUGUGUGUGCUUUCUUUCACCUUCUGAAAACAGUCUUACAUAUUGUGAAUGCAGCCGCAGACUGACGGAUAGGGCAAAUAUUAGUACAUUCCUCCAUCUAGCAGAGUGAGCUGUGUAUCAGACAAUCUGUCAAAUGUGACAGGGCCAAGGAUGUGUGGAUUUUGAAAGAUAUUUACUUAAUAGACCUCCUCUCUGUCACAUACACAUGCACACACAGGCGGACAGCUGAUAAAAGACUUACUUUUUAACUACAUCUCCCUCUCAAGGACGCAGAGAACACAAAGAGCUCUUUGUUCAAGCCUAAAUAGUCUAACGGAGACACUGUUGAAAUCCCAUUUCAUGAAUCCACUCUUGUUGCUGAGGAAAAUAUGCAUCAUUGAUAUGCGCCUUUUGUAAUCUAUUAGUAGGCCACUUUAAACGAACAAGACGUAGGCAGGUACAAACUCUGAACCUGGGCUAUAAAGAUGAUGGUUUUUAGUACAUGUUUGUUGCGUUCCUCUGUCUCUUCUCUGAUAACCCUUUUACAACGGACUGCAAGAGUCUGCCAGAGAGCUGUCAAUCAUGGCGUUAAGCUGCCCCCUUUUUUACCGCGUCACAUAACUAAAUAUGUAAACCAGCAUAACCAGUACUGCAUUUGGGCUUGGUCUCCCAGAAUAACUGGGAUCAGAGAAUAAAGACCGAUUAUUGGUGAGGGCCGUGUGCUUUCAUCCUCACAGAGUUCAAUCUGUUCAAAUGAUGAGCUGGAUAAAGAGGGAAAUUCCUCUUCAUUUUAUUGUGGAGUUCAAUCAUGACAGAUGUGACACAGAUUUCACCAUUUAUAACCAGCUUCCUUCCAGAGUGAGCAAGCGAAAAGUUGCUUAUUCAGAAGACGAAGAGAGCAACAGCCCCUGAUAAAAAUCAAAAUAUCAGUCAAAUCUGGUCAAUUCUAAUCAACAGACUUUAUCAAAGUAGGUCAUCUUCAGGUGGAUUUGUUCCCAUAGUCAAUGAAAAGUUUUGCUUAUGAAUACUCCGGUGCAAUUACAAAAACUCUCCGCAAAGUGUAAAAGUUUUACUUUCCUGUCUUUAGCUGCCGGUUCUAGUUAGAGAUCUGGGUGUAUUUUCAUUCCAAAUAAAUACAUAACGCCUUCCUUCAGUGUUUUUAAACCCUGAUGCACAGAGAUGCUGUUUGCUCUGCAGUUUAAGAUGUCUUUGCAAUAGUUACAUGGAUGCAAAAGAUAUUCAGACUCUUACUGAGAACAAAAACACAAACAAUUAUACUCAUCAGACAGGGAGAAUUGUAUUCAAGUCUGCCUCUGAUACAAGCCUGCUUCAUAUAAAGGCCUGGGCUGAUUUUUGAGGAUUCAGGGUAACUAUCAUGAGAGAAGCCAUGUUUCUGCACUCACUGACUUUCUCCAUGGUUUGUAACACUCUCAGCUCCGUCUGAAGCACAGUUUGCUGAGCAGUUGGUGGUUCCCACUAGACUUGUUGGUGAUGCAUACCAAUAAUUUUGACUGUAAUCUCAGUAUUCUUAUUUUUGUCAGAGUACAUUUUUUCUUAAUUUUAUGGAAUACAAUUUUGUAUCUGAUGCAAACAGCAAUGAACCACUACAAACUUAAAAAAAGGUCCUUAUUGUCAAAGUUUUACUACAUACAUCCAUGCCUUCAACGUCCUUCAACAUGUCUCAUCCCAUCCAGUGCAACACCAAAUACCUUUAAUACCAAUCAAGUCCAUGUGCGUCAUCAAGACUUCAAAAAUAUCCCCCACCGGUGUUUAGUCGAUGGCGUUAGCUUCCCUUUGGUUCUGUAAUCUCCAGAGAAAACUUGUCUGAAAUCUGGCUGAAUGCACUUUAAAGGUACUUAAGAGUUUUCUCAGCAGCGUUUGUUUACAGUCGAUUAUUUUGUGAAGGGAGAUUUUAUCAGACCUCAGGAAGUCAGUUGGCUAACGCCUCAGUGUUUACACUGGGAAGUCCAUCUAGGGCAUGUGUGACCCAUUUCUUUGAUGAAACUUUCCCUGAAAUAGAAAGAGAAAAGUUUAUACACACAGAUUGCUCUUAGUUUUAUGUAACUUAAGUGUUUGGAGCUUACAUCAUUGUAAAUAAAAACAGUCCUGUUGUCUUUACUCUGAGCAGCGGACAGUGUUUCUGCUCUGGCUUGUAUCUUUGAUUGAAAAUAUAACAAAUUCAGAUAACACAAAAAAAUAACAUGUUUUUUAAAUGGGAACUAGAUAUAAUAUGAGAUUCCAGCUCCAAAAACAAACAGUAUUAUUUCUGCAUGUAUUAUUCUAAAAUAAUAUUUCACACAGCUGUAGGUUUUCUGUGUUUCAUGUAAGCAUGUGAUGUUUUCUCGUGGUUUAAUUUAGAUUAAUAUGAAAGAUAGUGUUUCUCAAGCUCUGCUUAUUUUGGUCUCAAUUAAUUUCUUGUUGCAGCUUUCAAGAAUGAUUUGUUUUAUUCAAUCAUGUUAUUAUGGAUAAAAGAUUUUGUUUCUGGUUAUCUGGAAAGUCUGUUUUUACAGGACAACUCACAGGAGAUUUACAUAAACUAUGUUCUGUCCCAAUAUAUGAAGAAAUGUUGAUUUGUUGAACUCGUAGAUAACUCACAGAGUCUAGACACUGGUUGAUGAAUGUCUUGACACACUUUUGCCUUCAUCAGACUGUCUGGAUCACAGAAAAUAGAGCAGACAGAUAAGAGAUAAAAUGAUAUUAGGACAGGACUUCAUCAUUCUCUGAGCCUGAUGCAAAAAUGAUGCAGGUGGGUCCUCCUAGCACAGUCCACCGUCACAGGAAAUAGCUGACAGCAGGAAUGCUCUCCUCAUCUGUCUCAAUAAGACUGAACUCCACUACUGGUUGGCUGGCUUCUUCAUACAACAACUUCCUGUAAACAAGCCAAGCUGCCAAGCACCCUCCCAUCCUCCACCUCUGAUCUCCAGAGAUCUGCAUCUGACCCCCUCAUGCACCAGAACAAUCACUUAGAGCCCUCUUUAAAGGGUCAUUGCUGCAGUUUAGAAGUGAUUUAAGAGGCCAAUGACCAUCAGUUUUAAGUGGAUGGAAAGUGUAACUAAUGCUGAUCUGAUUGCAGAUUAAGGUCAGGAAUUUUUCCGUCAUAGCAGUUUUUGACAGGCGUGUUUUUAUAAUAUUGUACACCACCGAAAAGAAGAGUUGUUGUAGAGAAAGUCUUUCAUAUCUAGAGAGAAAACAAGUCCCUUUCUAAAGGAUAUCUCAAGGUUACUGUGUUUUUUCAAGGAAGCCCAAAAAGAAGGUGGAAAGACGUCUUUUUAAGAUUUCUUUUUACACAUUUUCUUACCAUUGUUGAUCGGAAAGAGUGUCUGUCAAUUAAAAAUGUAAUUUCAAAUUUCUCCUGGGGACAAUAAACUUACUUCCUCUAGCUAGAUGUGGCUAGAUUCUUUUUUCAACAAGUCAGAUAUAUCAGAAAGUAUAAUCUAUUCAGACAUAUGAAUUUGGCAAAAGGUAAUGUCUCUAAUGUCAAAACACUGGUUAGAUUUGAUGGUGAGAGGAACAGAAAUGCCAAACAUACUUUUAAUAUGAUUUAAGAAAUUCUUCAUCACAUAUUUUGUCCACCAGAGAGCACUGACAUGUUUACUUUUUAACCACAAAUUUCCACAGUGCAUAUUGGGGUCACAAUAAAAGGAUAAUCCUCAUUUUAAAAAUUACAUUUAUACCAGGACAAUUAAUUGUAAAAUAUUAGACAAGGAGAAAAAUGAUGAAAUAUUGGUACAAGUCUCAAAAGAGUUCUCAAUUGUUGUCAAGCUCACUAAUGAGAAUAUUAUUGAUUUCUGUUUAUCGCUGCUGUUUUGUUUCUCUUGGAGUAAAUGAUCUGUUAGGGGUCUUGCCCAACUAAAAUCACUCUUUCAAUUGAACAAAUUGCGCUUAUUUCCUGUGCUGGAAACACAAUGAUCGUUUUGGUGACCUACAUUAGGUCAUUGAAAACAAAACAAGGUAACUUCACAGUACCUGCAAAACCUGAAAGUCCCUGACACAUCAAAAUCUGACAAACAGCCGGUUAUAAACUCUAAACUCUCUCACUUUAUGCACCAUCAGACCAUCAACGAACCUGGAUUGGUUUCAUUUUCUGAUUUAUCCCGUGGCUUCGGUCCAAAUCACUGUCAUGACCUCAUUUAUGUUUUGUCAGCUUUCUUUUUUGGCAGUGAUGUUGUUCGGUGUUGUUUGAUGUGAAAGCAGAAAUUUUGAAAUGACGAAAUAUCUGUGACAGUUUCUCUGGAAUAACUUUGUCUACAUGCUGUGUUCGUUAUUCCAACUGCACUGGGAUUUUCCACAUUCUGCUGUCGUGUUUACACUGAAAGCUCAACAUGGCACCUGAAGUGAACUGGGACACUUGACAGGAUCGUAUCUUGUGUUAAAUUGUGAAGUUCAAUAUCAAAUAUACUUUUCAGCUCUCGUAAUCAUGAUUGACAGACAGAAAGGAGGCAGUUCUUUGAGCAGCCAUGCAAGGCUUGCUUCAAAAGCUGGAGACUACAACAGGGCUCAAACAGGUAGUUUGUUUUUUCUUUGAAGUGGGGUUGUAUGAGAUACUUGUCAUUGUUGUUUUAGCCACAGGUGAGGUGGGUUAGCCUCUUUGUUGGGAAAUGGUCCGGAGAAUUGGAAUGUAGAGUAGGCUAAAAAAAACUCCAGCGCGUUACUUUGCUGUAGGGCUGGGUGAUAUGGCCUCAAAUCAAUAUCACGAUACAUUGAGCAGUUCACCUCGAUAACGUUAAAUGGACGAUAAUUACUCCACUGGAUGGAGUGGAGUCACGUCUCAGACAUAGGACAGCGUCUUAAAGAGACAUGAGACCAUAGCCUACCUACACACAUCCAAACGCAACUUUAAUUUAUCUAUUUUUUCAACACUGAUUAUAUGGAUAUGGGCAAAAUGACGUUGGUUAUUGUCGUAAAUUUGGUUUAUUGCCCAGCCCUACUUUGCUGUCAGAAAGCCCUAUUUGUUCGCUCGACUCAAAUGCACUCCUUUGCCUGCAGCCCACUGUUCAGCUAAUCGAUUUUGUGAUUUACGAUCCGCUGAUGUAUUUUGAAAUUGAAUUUUUUUCAAUCUAAGUUUGACAUGAUAUUAAGCACCAAAGGCCUGAGAUUACCCAGCAGGCAGUAAUAGCGGUAGAGUUUGUAUUUCAGCUCGGUCCUCCUCGUAAACAGCUAACACAGUAAGUUCUUUUAAGGUGAACAUAUGUGACUCAUGGGCUGUGCCUUUAUGCAAAAGGCACAGUGAAAAAGAUCUUAACACGCAGCGUUGAAGACACAUUUCCAUUUGGCUUUUCUGACUGAACUUGUGAGUGUUGAAGAAAACCUUUAAAAACCAUCAGCGCUCAGUACAGCAGGUGGGACUCUGACUGGUGAGUGAUGUAGACGACAGCCACAUGUGAUCAUAUCUGGUAUCCUCUGAUUCUCUGAAAUACUGCUGUUAUCAAGUCAAGCAUUAAGGUUUUUAAUGUGAAGCUCUGUUACAGUACAUCUUUAUGACAAGACGUUAUGUUAUUUUACUUUAUUUUUUGAUGUAAAUUUCUAAACAGAUCACUGACUGACAAACUCCAACAUCUUUAUAAAGAGCUCUUUUAUGUUGAUGUACUUUGGCUCGUUGUGAUUUGUAACAACAGUUUCUUAAAUGUGUCAUGUAUUCAUGUAUUUGUGUUCUUCCAUCAGGUGAGUGGGUGGUUUGCAAACCAACAUGACAGCCAACAAGAGUGCAAAGGCUGUGCCUCGCGCAGGAGGGAGUAAAGCUCCGCGGGACAUCCCUGACAGGUCAGUGACUUCUGGGACAAGAAGAGUGAGCUGGAUAAUGAGCACAUUCAGUCCCAUAACACGGUGUACGAGCAUCUAUCCGACUGAACGCUUUGUUGUUCAGACUUGAAAGCAAAUCGUCUCAUCAGUUUAGUCGUUUCUUUUUUUUUCUUCUUUUACCUCUUUUGCUCAUGGGAGGAAUGAUCAUUGAUUGUCAGUCAGGAUAAGACGUGUGGAGGGAUUUUGAAGACGAUGGUCCCUCUCCGGCUCUGAGUUGUGAGUAGUGAGCUGAAGUUUGUCUUAGCGUGUUGAGAGCUGACAGUGUCCUGCUGAGAGAGAAUAACAAACUUUGGGAGUGAUAUGUGAUAUCGUUCUUACUGUUCAUUGUCCUGCACAUUUUUAUUAAGCUCUUAACUCUUCCCAAGGACAGGGCGACUGGUGAGACAGGGUUACACGUGAUCUUUUAGAUGUCAAAGCUGUGACGUUCAGUCUGUGUUCACACCUUGUGAUGAUCUUAAGGCCAAUUUCUAAAAAGGUGAAUGCUGAUAAAUCAUUGUGCCGCUACAGCUGUGCGACCUCAUGUCUGUGCUUUGAAGGAAGUGGUGCUAAAGACACACAGGACCAUGUUUCUUACACCACAAAACAUAAAGUAACGUUUGGCAGCCGCCCUCUGUAAUUACUUGUGGCGUGUAUUAGGCAUUCGUGAAGUGGAAACCACACAACUGUCAAUCCUAAUUCUAAUAUUAUGAUGUAGAUAACUUAAUUUCCUAGUUCACCGCUGUCUACAUGGGCUCACAUUACCCAUGAUUCUUUGAGAUCAUUAUUAAGCUUGUGAGGCUGAUCCGUGUUUUCACAGUUUGAAAAAAAUAAGCGGAACAGUGCGACACACUGCGCUCCAAAAGCCAUGAAAUAACCAACUGAAUAGUUUUCAGAUUAUGUGUACAAUUAACCCCACAGGCUUAAAACGCUUUGAAGAUUUUCCAAGGUAAUUGUUACACUUCUAAGAGUCGUGCUGCACCUUUAAAGAUUACACACAACACUACAGUAAGGUGGUGCACACAAACAACUACAAAACAUCCAGGGAGGUGUUGUAGCAACGCAAACAUGCUGACAGGGCAUAAAAAGAGAGUUUCAAACAUCCUAAAAAGCAAAUCCAGCAAAAAUAAACGUGUUAUCUGAUAUGUAAACAAAUAAAUGAAGCAUGUACCGCAUUAGAGUUUUAUAUGAAUACAUGAAUACAUAAUUAGAAAGUGCUGCUGCUGACUGGUGAGAAAGUUCACAUAUGUUGAACUAUAAAAGAAGAAGUGCUUUUAGUGUUAGCAGUGAGCUCCCUCCCUUAUGGUCAGAAACAGGAAGUGGUCUGUGGCGAGCACUCCCCCGAACGCCUGAGUGAGAGCCUGAGGUUGGUUGUGACUGGCAUGCAGCUCCUUGUACAGUAGUGUAUGUGUGGCUGGACCAGUUGAAGCUGUCUAAACUGGGUGCAUUUUUAUAACAAUCACAGAGACCACUGGGACCCCCUAAAUAGCCCUCAUCCUCCUAAAUAGACAAAAAUCCACUUUGUUUUUCUUUUCCUCUUCCAAAGACCCUCAUUUAGCAGCUAAUGUUUUAUUUGAGAGCAUGAGAAAUGAUCCUCGAUAAAUUAGGACAUAAUAUUUCAUGAUCAGUUUAAUUCGGGGGCUAAUUUAAAGGUGCGUUCCAGAAACUUCGGAAGUCAGGUGUCGGAGCUGAAAAUGACGUCACACCCAAGUUACCAGCGUUUCAGUUACCAAGUCGGGAAAAAGCAAAAUCUGAGGCCUGAAACAAGAUGGUUACAUCUACGAAAGUUAUUUUAGCACUUGCCUUAUAUUUGGACAAGGUAAGCGCUAAAAUAACUUUCGUAUCUUGUUUCAGGCCUCUAAUUUGCUUUUUUCUGACUUGGUAACUAAAAUGCUGGUAACUCAGGUGUGACGUCAUUUUCAGCUCCGACUUCUGACUUCUGAGGUAACUCGAACACAGCAAAAUUCUUGCUGUUGCCUAGCAACUGACAGCUAACUGACCAACUAGUUAACAAAGAUAGUGUCAUGAAACUUUAUCAUCACCAUCACUUCGGUGACAACUUUCAGGUCUCCUUGCUUUUAUUUCACAAAUCUACUGCUUGUUUUUUCUUGACUUGAAACCACAUACUAAUAUUUAACUAUUGCUCUUAAAUUUUAUUGCUCGGCAACAAGUCUGUCAUCUUGUCUGAUUUGGCGUCCACAGAUAUGUCCUCAGAUGCACCUGAGCAUCCUUUUUAGCAGCAUUUUCAAGAAAUUGUUGAAAUGAGACGGUCUCUAAUGUGCUGCUGUUACAAAACCUCUCAAUACAAACUGUGUAUGGACUAAAAACGGCAAACAAACAAAAAUGUGGAGAAAACAAAAGCUUGAAAUUUGAUUUAAAAUCCCUCAGGUCCAAACACAAGCCAAAAACUUGAAGCUGUUGUAAUUAAUUUAAUAAACUGCCGGGAAAUUGGCAUCACCGUGGCUCUACUGUGUGUUUUGGUCUUGUUGCUACAGAAACAUUCUCACUGAUAUUAGCCCUCAGAGACACUGCUCCAUUUCUGGCUUCCUGCAUUAACCAAGCUCAUUGGCAGGAGUUUAGUUAGGACUCAGGACCCAGAAAGUUUUACUCUGCCAGACGGGUUCUAAUUGUUCCCCCCGCUGAACCACUGCAACAUGUCAUGUGGUCUGCUGCUGAUGAAUAUCAGAAUAUGCCUACAGAGUAUUUUUUUUUCCAUUGCACUGAUUAUAAACAUAUCAUGUGAAGCAGAUGUUGAAUAAUCAAGUUAAAGUUCGCAUAAAUUUACAUCGUCAAUAUGUGUGAGGUUAGAGCUUUAUUAUCUACAAUAUAGGGAAGAUGGUGCAGUCAGUGAGAGCUGCAGCGCUGAACCUGAUGUGGAGUAUUUUGGAGUGUUGAAAACAGCAGACCGAUUACUGAAUAUCUAUAUGGUAAGGUAAAGUGAGGUUGACUAUUUCACCAUCAGGACAAGAAGACUCAUACAGACAACAAACAGCAUGGAGACAUCAGAGAAAGACAAACUCAAUAUCAGAUACACAACAAACAGAGUAAAGGCCAGUGAAACAUGAUUUAAAAGUGGUCGAUUAAAGAUAAGGACAUGAUUAAAUACAACAAAAGCCUGAUAAAAAUGAAGAAAUAUGAAAAUAAGUCAGACCAAAACAUAAACUAUGAAAAAAAUCUCACUGCUGCUGGAACAAAAGACUUUCUCAGUCGUUCAGUGGAGCACCGAGGCAUCACAAGUCACUCACUACAUGAACUUUCAAGACCUUUAAUAGUGCAAUGGAUGAUUUUGUAGCCCAGAAUUAAUUUCAAUUUAGGGUUAGCGUUCUAUAUGUAAAAUAAUAAAAUAUACUGUUAUUAUCUAUGGUAGAUUCAUAUGCUGUUUGUCUUGUUAUAUAACCAAAAGACUCACGUUUACUGUUACAGGUAAAUUCUAUAACAGGAGAAGCUUUGUGUAUUGAUAUCAGUGUUGACCAAAAUGAGUUUAAAUACACUAAAAUAUCCAACGCUGACAAAAAUCCAACAUUGUGCAUCCCUAUUGUUCACCAAAUGCUGACUUAAUCUGACUUUGAGACAGUCCAGCAAGAAGCAAAGAGGCAGACCUCUAGUGUCUUCAGUCAGUGUGCCACAAGCUUUUUAAUUUAUGAACUACAUGCACAAACAUUUCCUAAAUGCAGGAACUGAUGGAAAUGAAUAUAUGCCACCAUUAUGCUCCAUAAGAGCUUUAGCAUCAUACCUGGUGAUUUGUCUAAAAGUCUCUAUAAAGUCUAUUUAUCAUUGAAAAGCCUUGUGGGAAUCCUUCAGGAUACUUAAAACCAACAGCAAAAAUCUGCAGACAUGAGCAGUCUGUUCAAAUGCUCAUAUUUCUUUAGUGGAAGGAAGAUAAGAAGCAUCCGUCAUCCACUGCAGCUUGCAGGUCCUUAGCUGUUGUAAAAAUAUCCCCACCCUGGAGCAGGAGGAGUGAAACCAGGGAAGGGCAGAAAGGUGUGAAGGGAGAUAUGUCCUAACCUGCACUGUUGGAUCAUAGUCCUCAGCCCUCAGCUUCCUCCUCCCAUAACGCUUGUUAUUCUAUCCAUGGCGGUGACAUCAGAUCUCCCAAAUGCCUCACUUUCGCAAGACAUUACCAGAGUCCAAGUCAUGACACGGUUUCUCAAGGACUAUGAGUCGUAGAUUGUCAGGGAACAAUCUGGAAAUCUUGUAGGAUGCGAGAACCGUGAGAUAGUUUGGCGGGAUUGCAAAGUCAGCAGCCGGUGUGGGACCACUAUAGCACCUAUAUUACUUAUCUUCGGUGUGAGGCUUUAACAGGUAAGACCACUGGAAUAAAUCUUCUCUGGCAUAUUUCCUUCUGUGUGAGGUCCACAACGAAUUUCCUUGAGUUAUUAUGAUCAUGUGGAAAAAUCCACAGUGGCAUUUUAAUGUAGUCUUUGUUUCCCUUGGCUUUUCUUCUAAUCCCAUGCUGCCAAAGACAGAAUAUUUUCCUGUGGUUAUUCUGAAUAGGCAGAUCAGGUUUUCAGCCCGUCUUUGAUGUUGGGAAUGAAUUCAGAAUCUUCAGCUGAUUCUUUACACUUUUCCUCACAUCUGUUCCACAUCAGCUCACUCUUCAUGCUGCAAGGUUGACUGGUUGUGUUGGCAGCUUUUCCAGAGUCAGCUCUUUUGGUUAAUAUCAUUGGGAUAAUCGUUCUACUAUAAUGAACAACAGAAACACUGCCUACCAUUCAACAUUCACACAAACCAUUAACAUGUACAUUAAUUUAAAAUGAGACUUAAAUUGCAGUUUAACUUUAGUAUAACUGUUUUUGGUGCUGAUGAGGUCGAUUUACUGAUGUCCUCACAUAGACUGUAUAUACUUUGGACAACAACUUGGCCAGUAUCCAGAAGCCAAAAAGUUCUCGGUAUUUCUGCGUUUUUUCUCCACUUCCUGAAACCAACAUUGCGCAGUAGCAUUGUACGCUUUCGGCAGGAGAGUCGCCGAGAGUCGCUGUGAUGACAAUCUACUCAAACAGCAUGAGCUACGCAUUCUUCUUAUGCCCAUAGGCUUUAUCAAGUGUCAAUCAUAGAAAACAUGAACCCCCUAAUAACUUUUAAAAAUGGAGCUGCACAGGAAAGAGAGGACUUGACUAGUCUUACAGUAACUACAUGUCAACAUCGCAAGCAGGGGGGAGAAAAAUUUAUAUUCUGUGUGAUAAAUUUCCAAAGUUUAUCCACAGCUCCAUAGGGAUUGCUGGAGGAGGCGGGAUUUAUGACCUAUACUGCAGCCAGUCACCAGAGGGUGCUGUUCUAGCUGUAGCUUCACCCAGUGAGGAGGCAGACGGCGUCCAUUCUAUAUACAGUCUAUGUGUCCUCAUUGAUGACUGCCAGGAUGCAAUCAUGUUGCAGUUUAGCUCAUCUAUUAGUCAUAGACAUUUUAAACAUGCAGUCGUCAAUCUGUCUCCAACAUGUCUGUAUGUCGGUAUUGAUCCAUAAAAGCUUCAGUGGAUUUAUUGUUGCAAGUGGGGAUCGUAAAACAUAUGGAAAAUGUGUACACAGAAUAACAUCAACUAUUUAUGAGGGGCUGCCUCAGGUUUGACUGAAAGACAUGCCCUGGAUUGUAUUUUCUAUCAGAGGUGACCAGGAGAUGAACUGGGAAGUACCAGAGUCUUGACAAACACUGCAUUGUCAUAGCUGUAAAAUCUCAACCUAAGACUUACUCAUAGGCUGAAUCCUUUAAGAGCUAACCUCAUUUCCCACGGAGAGAAGAUGAAUCAGGGACAGUACCUGAAUGUAGUUAUUAAGAUGUUUAGGACAUGUCAAGCUGUAGAGUGAGCAGAAAAAUCACUAAAAGACUGGGUGAAUAAAAAUUAUCCUCAACACUACAGCCUAUCGUCCUCUCUGCAGGGAAAUCCAACUACAUUAGAAGUAAUAACAGAUGAAACGAUUUUUUAAAGCAAAUAAAGGCACAAAGGCGUUAAACAAGCUGAUACGCUCAUGCAAGGUGUGGUUUGUGUAAAUAUGACCCACAAAUAAGUGCGGUUGUGGCUGUUGUUUGUGUUCCCAUCACUCUGAUCCUGCACAACUUUGAACUUUGAUAUCAUUUGAAUAUAUUUGCUUGUUCUGUUGCAGCUACAUGCAGACCACGACAUUUUUCUGUAUAAGGUUAUAUCCAUCUCUUAAUUCGCUGUAAAGUUGGGUGUUUUAACGUAGGGUUUAACAGGGAUUGGCUGGUUUUUUGCAGCCAACCUCAAAUAGGGGACUGCAGUUUUUAGCACCGCUGUGGUAGCUGCUUUUUUUUUUGGUUGGGAGUCCAUGUAUUCAAACUUCUGAUAUUUACUUUUUCCAUCUGUUUCAGGUGCCAGGCUACAUCCGCGGGUCCUGUUCCCUCUACCAGUCAGGGGCAGAGCCAGCAGCCUAUACUCAGUGACACUGAGACCUCCGGGAAGCAGAGUAGGUACGUCAGGACUGACGGGCGGUUCCUGGUACGUGCUGGCUGGAACAACAAGACCUCCAGUCUGUGCAGCGGCGCAUCUCUCACAGGUGACACCGACUUCCAAGGCCGCCUCACCAAGUCCAAAAGCAUCAGCUGUUUGGACAACAGGCUCUCCAUCUAUAAGCCCCCUUCUCAAACUAAGUCCUGUCAGGAGGGUCAGAAGGAGAAACAAGGGGAUCUCUCUUCAGGAGAUGGACUGAAUGGUAGACCACUCAGUUGGAGCACUCUCUCAUUAGGACCUUCUUCUAGUCAAAGCCACAAACGCACUCUCUCCCUCACCCGCACAGUACCAGGUGUUCCCCCCACCACAAUCCGCAAGAAGAUCUCAGAAUGGGAGUGCAGGAGGGUGGCUCUGCCUAGGAUGAGCUUGUGUUUGGAUAAAAGAGGAGGAGAGCGCGUUGGAGGCAGUGAGGGCUGCCCCAGCCUGCUCUCUUCCCCCUGCAGCGAGAAAACGUUUGACUUUAAAGGGGUUCGCAGGAUGAGCACGGCCUUCUCUGAAUGUUCCUACACAGAGACGGAAGAGGAGGAAGGAGUUUCAGACAAAGGCCGCUUCCAGAAAAGGAUAGGCAAGUCAGAGUCCUCGGGGGCAUUUGUUCGUUCCCUGUCAACUCGGAAGGAGACUUCAGCGGUCCUGAACAGGAUACAAAAGAUAGAACAAGCCUUAAAGGAGAACCCAAGCCCUUCACCUCCUCGUUACCUGAGCAACUGCUAUGCUCCAGACAAGACGAGGCAGAGAUCUUUUGUAAUAGGUGAUGAUUUGGACAGCACUUGUGCCAGUAAGCGCAGCAGCAUUUGCUCAGUUGCCACUGAACCAGAUACUGUCCUGGUGCCUGAUAAGCUUUCCAAACUCCGGCAAAGGUUUAGCGUGAGCUCGACCAGGUCCGAGAGCCCAGAACCUCCCAGCCAGCAGACCACUGCGGGCACACCGGUCAACCCCUUACCGAAACCCAAACGCACUUUUGAGUACGACGCCAAACGGGACCAGAAAGGCCUGGUGUCAGCCAAUGGACUACCUCCAGACAGAGCUUCUGAGUCUCCCCCGCCUCUGCCCUCCACCCCUGCACCCAGCGUGACGCUAACAAAGAGUGAGGGGAGCACACCAGUGAGGACUCAGGACAGGUGAGUCGCAGGAAACUUCUUGUUGAGCCUGGGUUUUGGAUCGCACCAUUCCAUCAUGGCAUCAAUACUGGCUUUAUUCAUGAGAUCAGGAUCUGAUACAGACCAGCUUCUUGGUCGAUUAUUUUCAAAUGAAUUGGACUCAGUGAGGUUUUAAUGACUGAGAAUGGAUAUUAAUGGUUCAGUGAAAGGUUAAGGUUUGUAAACAUGGAUUGUUGCACCCCUUUGGACACUAGCUGCCUCCGAGAGUUUUGAUGUAAGGGUGUGAAAAGUUGAUUAAGUAUCAGAUCCUUUGUUCCUGUGGCAUAUUUUGCUUUGGUGGCGUGUUGGUUUCUACAUGACUGAUUAAUGUGUCUGGUUGUUUCCUUGAAAUGGUCAAUAUUUGUCAUUCUUACUUGAUUUUUGUGCGCCCCUGUUGGGAAAUUACGAGCUGAAUCUUGUUUUCAUUCUCUACAUAUAGCUCUCUGUAUAUCAGGCAUCCCCACUUUCUUUCUGUCUUUCUUUUUGUGAGGGUGGGGCCUCUACAGAUGGUCCCUAUGUUUAAUGGUAAUGAAAUCCUAAAACGUUCAUCCCUUGGACUCUAUGUUUAACAUUCCUGCGGCCCGAGCAAUUUCAGACCAAGUUUAAAGCCACAAGCUGUUGAUGGUGCGACAUGACCGUACUGUAGAUUUCUGCACUGGUGUAGAAAAGUUCCUCUGCAGCGCUCUCUCAUGUGACGUGCAGAGGAACACUGAGAAACAGUAAGAUAUCUGUCUACUUGUGACUUUUCUUGUGACUCUAGCACAUGCUGAUCCUGAUUCCUGUUUUCUAUUCUGCGUUUUGUUUUUAGUGGCUCCUGAUUUCAGAUCUGUAGGGAAUAAGUUGAUGCCUUUGACUCGUGUUUGUAGCCACCUGUUUGUCUGUUAUAGUUGGCACAUGGAGGAGAAGUAAAGCCGGCCAUCUGGACUCUUUUUUUUUUUUUUUUUUUAACACCAUCUGGACUUUGUCUGUUCACUCUUGUCUGUUUACUUCUUUAAAGGUAGAAACUCACUGUAACUGACUUUGUAUCCUUUUAGUUUGCCGGCAUGCAGCAUCUUUUCCCGUUCUGCUCUGUUUGACUUUCUUUGUUUCUGCCCAGGGAGUCAUGUGAGUCGGAGGACGCUACCAGCCUGCCAUCUUCAUAUCCGUCUUCCCCUACAGAAAAUGGCACUGUAACCGCAGACACGCGGAGUCGACCCAAUUCUAAAAGCACUUUAGAGGAGAAUGCCUAUGAGGACAUAGUUGGUAAGCAUAGCCACACUUUGAUUUCACUGUUUGCCGUCUCAUUUUGAUCUUGGAUAUAGUCUUAAGCUGAUGAGAUGAUUAUAACCAUUCAUAUGAACAGCUGAUCAAUUAUAAUUAUGCUUUUAAGGGAAACGUCCCAUUUUAGGCUAAAAAAAUCAUCUUGUUUCAGGUUCUACAAUAUGGAAUAUUUGCUUGUUUUCCUGAUCCUCUAUCACAGUUGAUUUAAUGUGUUUUUUUAUUUCAUGGAAAAGUUAAACAUGGAGAUAAGUUGACCUGGACUUUUAGUUAUCAAUAUAGUCAUUUUUGGCCUUUUUAAAAUUUUGUGGACCAAAUCAUUAAAUGAAACAUCUAGACAGUAAUGGGCUUAGAGAUCAUUGAUAAUAAUGAUGAUUUAAAUCACUGACUGUCACAAAACUUCUGUUAAAUGUUUUGUGCUGUAAGUGACAACAGUUGUCUUUAAAGAUUAAGCUCCUCAUGAACAGAUGAUGUUUGUUUUGAUUAUGUCCUGACAUCUUUUUUUACAUGUAGCAACAUAUUUGCCCUAAAAAGCACUGAAACCUGAUCCACACCAAAUAUAAGUCCUCUACAGUAUUAAAUAUUUUAAAUAUAACUUAAUAUAGUUAUUAUUUGUCUUCAGGUCCUUCCACGAAGAGUAAAUAUGCUAGGGCUGCAACUAACAACUAUUUUAAUAGUCGACUAAUCACCGACUAUUGAAGCGAUUAGUCGACUAAUCGGAUAAAAUUUUACCGAGGCCAGUCUAACGUGCCUUCUCCUCAAAUGUUUGUGCAUCACCGACGUGCUGCCAUGAUACGCAAGGUCUGCUUUGCAAACCUUGCAGGUUUUUUUCGCCUUUUCUAGGCUAAAGUGCUCGCAAACGUUGGAGGUUUUUAAGCACAUACCCGUAGCUGCUGUAUGGGACACCAGCGCCACCGUGUUUGAAUACCCUCACGCUCUUCGUAAGAUACUGUUGCGCAUGUUUGACUCUAGGCAGAGAUAGUAAUAGAGUAAGAUUCCUCACUCCACUGAAAAAAAAACCUGUCUGGCGACAAUAGUUGACAAUGGAAUUCAUUGUCGACUUUUUUCAUUAUCGAUUUUUGUCGACGAUGAAUAAUCGUUGUAGCCCUAAAAUAUGCAUAUUGUGAAUGCAUCAAUAGCUUAAAACAGACAUUGGUAAGAUGUUUUUGUGAGAGCCAUAGCACAAUGCAUUACGGUCUAAUUCGAAAAGGUCACAAGAGAGUAGAGUAAGCUUUAGCAAUGGAAGGAACCGAUCAAUCAAAAAUCUGCCCGAAAAUGGAAACAUGGCUUUUUAAUGGGACUCUGAGACGAGUUUGCUGUUAAAAAUCGCAUAUGUUAACAUUACUAACCCUCUUUAUGAUGUGUUGUUUAUCCUACUUUAAACUGUCGAAGCUGAACAUGUUGAAAAGCUAAAUUCCUUUCCACUAACAAACGACCCCCAGGCUCGCUGCCCAGUGCAGUUCCUGGUUCUCCCAGUGUACAGUUAAUGCAGUGGAAAUGUGUGUCAGUGUGAGUGAAGUCUCAUGAUGAAACUUGAAUUUCAGCUACAGUAAAAACUUCAAAAUGACCAAACAAAAGCUUCUAUGACUUGUAUGAUAUAUUUUUUUACAAGUAGCCCUGUUAUUCUCAAUCAGUGAUCAGUGACGGGCUUAUCAGCGUUUCAUUUUGUAAGCUGUGGAUGUGCAAUAGCCACGGAGAGAGCUUUGGGGCAGGCCUGAUUUUCAUGUGAAUCCUGACAAAGCCCCCAUUGUUCAUCCUGCACUGAGUGUUCAGUUUGCAGUUCAGAGUCAUGCUUUUCUGCCAACCUAUGUUUGCUCCUGAAAAAAGAUGAUGCCUCUGACUGUGUUGGAGAUUGCUCCAACUAUUUCGAACAAAUCUACCAAACAGUGGAGAGCAAUGAUUUACAGGUCAGAUGAUCCAUAUGGGAGCGGCCAAAGCAGUAAAUGAGCCAUGUUUUGGUUCCUCUGAGCCCUUAUUUUGACAAGCUGUUCAUGCAGAGAACCAUAAGUCUGUGCAUGUUUCCUAAACUUUACGGAAGGUCUUGUCUUCCGAAGAAGUCUUUGUUGAGACAAAUUUAUAUAUUUUUUGUUUUUGAUAGGAAAAGUGAAAUGAGGAAAUAUAAUGGGAGGAGGGUGGGGUAGACGUGUAUCAAAGGUUUGCAGGUCAGAGUCAAACCUGUACUUGCUUCUCUACUGACUGAGCCAAACUGGCACUCCUUGGUUGAUCACUUUCUGAAUUUAUCGGUGUUUAUGCUCGAUGCCAAAUGUUUUCCUAAAGAGUGCAAGUCAUUUUCCACCUAUGGUAUUGUAUUAAUACAAUAGCAUGAUGGAUUGUUUUGUUAGGCAACCGUUGGAAGUGCAGAUGAGUGAUCUGUUUGCUAGAAGAUGACUCAUGCCCUGUGACACCAUGAUUCAGCUGUCUGCACUAUAGAGGCCUGGUCUUGUUCAAACUCAAUUACUGACCUAGAUUACUGAGCCGUUUUCCUCUUAAAGAAACCUUUGUGGAUACACACGGAAGUCUUAAUGAUAAAUACGCAUUACAAAGCAUUUAAUCUUAAACAGUUACACAUGUGAUUAUGUGAUUCCUGGGUCCAAAACCUGCCAACUUUAUACCACCAUGACUCCUCUAAAAGCCGACUAGAAUAGUUACCGUCAUCUGUAUCGAUCACAGUACUAGACACAUGUUACAUGGGCUGUCCAUGAAUAUAUGCCAGUCAACUUCUUCCCAAGUAGAAUCAACUGGUUCUGGGUAGGGAUGCACGAUAAACUACAAAUAUUUGCCAUCUCACGAUAAAUGCGGUAAACACAAGUUGAUAACGUAAGCGCCAGCAAUGGACUCGCAGCCGUCACCCACACAGAGCAGAAUAGCAAACAAACAUGGCCGGAGGUGGUGAAGAAGACUUCUCUGAGCAGCUUGUUACUGAACAAGACUCCACAUGAGGGAUUCCCGUCAUGAUUGGGGCUUGGACGAGUGCAAUCAGGUAUGCCUGACGUCGGACAGUAGAUCUGCUCACUCUGUGCAGUAAGAGUUUUAAACGAAUGUUGAAAGUGUUUUCCCCUUUCACUCGUUUUCUCCCUAGUUCCAGGUAAAUUAUAAUGUGCAUUAAAAACAAACCCACCAAACAUCGGACGUCGAAGAGACGUGCAGAUCAAGUCAGUAUUGGGUUGGUCCGUCAAAGACCACAUCUAGACGUCAGUGCGACAUGCAAAAUAGGUUAGAAAUUUCGAUGUCCAAAUUGGACCUUUUUUAGACGUCGCUCUGACGUUUAGAAUUUGGAUGUCAUCUGAAGACAUUAUUGGACCUCUUUUAGACAUUGAAAUGACAUCCACAUUUGUACCUCAUCGUCGAAAAAAUACGUUAAAUAGAUGUCAUUUCGACGUCGCAUUGGACAGUGGGAAUACCAACACUAGGAUGACAGCAGGAAUGGACGAACUUGGUUAAAUGUCAGUUUUUAACUACAGUAGUAUCAGAGGGGUAUCAUAUUCAAGUCUAGGUAUCAAGAAAGAAAAGCAGUGUUUGUAGGUCAGACUGUAUGUUCUUACAGAGUUCUCUGCUAUUUUGGAUCCUUUGUAUAUUUCCUUUGACGACUGAGUCGGUCAGCAGGGCUGCUAUAUUGUAGCGUGUCAACUACAUGGAUUAAGCUGAAACUGACAUCGUGGGUCUAGUUUGUUCUGUGCCUCGCCCUGCCCGCAGAGUCCAUUGUGUUCACAGAAAUGUACAAUCACAGUGUGCAGUCGAGGUGUGUCCACUCCCUGCAUAAUACUCUGUGUCUGGGGGUGUGUUAGCAACAGAUCUGGAUGUUUGUAAUCAAAGGAGUAGAUUAGUACCCUCCAGUCCAUAAGUGACUGUACAGACAUAUUAUUUUCCCAGCAGGCUCUCAUUACAGUAUUGCCUCAGCUUAAUGAAGUUGCAGCACAACGUGGGGUCAGACGCAGCCCUGUUAUUCAGAUCCUCAGCUUUAAUGAUGCACAGAAAAUCUACUCCAGUAGACUAAUUCACUGUGAGACACAACCCUGUGCUGUAAAGAUCCCAGACAGUGUUCACUAUGUGUAUGCGCCUCAUAGAGGUUCAAAAAUUAACCUAAAAAAAGAUAAGUGAAUAAAGCUGUGCAAACACAGGUUAAUCUUCCAUGUUUUUGAAACACUCACUCAUUGUUUGAGAGGCUGAGUUCAUCAUCCUUUCCUGUAACAAACUCAGGAAGAACAAACACGGCUACCAAGCAGACUUCUGAUUCUCUUCCCUUUCUACUGACAGAUAACACUGCUUUUCUUUCCUUUCAAAGUUCCCCUCAUGCAUUUUAGACGCCAUCUGGCUCUGUUUUUAUUCUUCGCUGUGGUUUCUUCACUUUCUCACAACCUUUUUCAGACCCUGCCAAAAAGCUAUUCUCAGAGCGCAUGUCUGAAUAGACAUGGACUGUGGCGUUACACAAGUUUUCUCUUUAUUGAAGUUGGCCUUCUGCCAGGUGACAUCAGUGGGAGCUGUGUACGGCUCGAAAAUGUUCCUUUUUUUUACUUUUUUGCUAUCAUGAGUGAACUGGAAUCAUCUAUUAUAGAGAAGUAGUGAAGUUUGUACUUACUGAAACACUUGGAGACAGACUACAUCCUUAUACUUAUCCUACAUCUAGAUUCUGGCUGGUACAGAAUACCACUGUGAUACUCUUUUAAUAUAGAAAGAUACCUACGUUAUUGGAGCAAAUACACUGAUCAUAGACAGUUAGCUUUUUUUUUAUUUGAGCAGAAAUAAGGGAAAGUUUAGAGUGACGUUGGAGAGGACCUGCAGGUAACACUUUACAAUAACCAUAACUUAAAAAUGGUAAAUAGACCAUUUAUGUAUGGUUAGCAGAUCGUUUAUUAAUGUUUAAUCAUCAUCUAUAAAUAGCAAAUAGACAAUUGAACUAUUGACAUAUUUACAAUUUUAAAACCUAACUCUAACUCCAACACUAACUUUACAAUAACCAUCUAAGUAAUGUUUAUAGAUGGUUUAUAAACUACUUAUUAAUCAUUACCAAAGUGCUACUGACACACAUUUUAAUUUUGAUGUUUUACAACCAAUAUUUUACCCCUAUAUAAACCUUUAAUAAAUAGUCCAUUGAUGAUUAAUAAACAUUAUUGAUUAUAAUUUCAUUGCUUGUUAAUGGUACAGUAAGUAUUAACUUACAUAAAUAAACUAUCUAUUUACCAUUUAUAAUUGGUCUUUAUGCUGUUUUUAAAUGAUGUUAAAACAUUAAUAAACCAUCUAUUUACCAUUUGUAAAUUAUGGCUAUUGUAAAGUGUUACUGACCUGCAUGUUGGAAUCAAAUCUCAGCUGCCCACUUCAGGCGUUAAUUCAGUAUGUGCAGGCCUGCAGCACCCCUAUUUUGUAAACUUUGCUGAGCACUUACUUUUUUCUAAAAACUGUAACCUUACUGACUUUAUCUCAUUUGCAGUUCCAAAAUAUGUUUUAUGCUUCUGUGAAAAACUUGGUGUCUCUGUAAUUCUGGCACAAACCUGCACACCUCAUCUCUUCACUGACUUUGCACAUGCGAAUUGAGUGUUUUUUGAUGAGGAAUCCUGUCUUACUUUCCUUAAACAGUCUGCUUUUGUCGGUCUGGACUGACACCUACCCCGUAACAGUGGGGUUAUUAUUUGCACAAGUUAGUCUCAGUCAGAGUUUCAGUCUACGAGGAUGAGCCUCCUCCUCCUCCUCAGCCCUCACAGCAGACACUGGCAUGCCUGGACAGUGACUCAUCUACACUGUUGUGUCCAGAGGUUUCGGCUGGGCCCAGUGGGGCCUGUGGGGCCCAGAGCCAACAGCAACUGUUUAUAAAAGAGAGAGUUCACUUGAGCCAGCUGGUGGUGACCUUAGACCUACCUUUCACGAGUCAUCUCAGACUUUUCAGACUAACCGUAAGGAGACCCUUUACUGCCCCUUGACACCCUUUACUGCCCCCUAUUUACUCUUUUUGACCCCCUGACCUCAUCUGUCUCCUGUCAGAAGAAGAACAAAAUACACUCUCUGUCUAGUUUGUCCCGCUGACACUAUGUUCAAACUUUACUGAAAAUAACUUCAUUCUUGCAGAGAAGGAGAACCCAUAUGAGGAUGUUGACCUGAAACGGAGGAGUUUGGGUCGGAAAUCUUGUCUGUCUGAGAGCAACAGAUCCUGGACGAACAUUGACAGGAAGCUGAACUCUCCACCUCAGGUAAGCCAUAAGCCUGGUGGGAUCAACAGCAGCACUGAUGUGUUUUCCUGUUGUAAACAGUGCUGUGUCAGUGCUGAAUCUGGAAAAGAUCUCUGUAAGAAUCCCAUAACUCAUUUUUGGCACCAGAGGAAACAGUUUGAUAUGUUUGGAUCUGGUGAUUCUCCAAAGAUGGGCUUCUUAGCAGGUCUGGCUUCUACACAGACACUCCCCCCCAUCUAUAACAGAGGGAAGACCACUGACUACUGGUGGUACAUAUGCGUAAUUCCUACUUAUCACUGUCAAUUAAAGGCACACCAUGAUCCUGUCUUGUUUUUCUGAUAGAGUUUUGAUGAUUUCUUUCUGUCAUGACAUUAUUUCCUCUGAUAUACUCUUUAAAAGCCUCCUUAUUUCCUUCAGGUAAAUGCUUGUAGAAGUUCAAAAGUUCAGUCUGCACAAGGGUUCUCAACGAAUAUUCUAAACUCUAAUAUAUAUUCGAAUAUUUGAAAAAAAAAAAGGAGUCUCGAAUGUGAAAAUAAAUAUUGGAAUAUUAAAUAAACAGCGGGAAAAAACUGAGUGGGAAAAAAAAACUGUGGCUGCUUUGGCGAGUGAGCGCACUGUAACGAUGGGUCAGGGACGGGUCACAGGAGCUCCGCCCGCAGUGAGACUUGACAAAAACCGUCCAUGGCACACGGAGAGAGAGAUGGCCGGAGGUUCGGAGCCAAGCUAACAGACAUGUCUGGACUCCGAUGAACUUUAGAAGCUCCGUUUGGAAAUCAAUCGGAUUUUGGGCAGACACGGUAGACAGAAAAAAUGCUGAGCGAGAUAAAGUUAUAUGCAAGCUGUGUAAGCUAGAUAUUCGAAUAUGUUCGAACCUAUGUGUUAAUUUAAGAACAAAUAUUCAAACAUCAUUUUGGAGCAAUUUUGACAGCCCUAAUCUGCACUGGAAGUGACUUUAACACUGAGAUAAUUACUGUUAAAAUCCCUACAGUUGGAAUCUUAUAGAUUUAUAGUCAAGGAAGUAACACUCGACAGUCUUUGAUUGUUUUCCAGUCAAGUUAACAAAUUGAUUAAGCCACUGGAUCACAGAUAGAAGAUACAAAAUGUGGAUGCAAAAUGAGUUGUUAAUUUGAAAAGAGAUAUCCUUGCGAGGGCUGAUCCAUAGAUAGAUCAAUUAGAAUUCUCAUUGAGGCUCAAAAAUCACACCUACAUCUGCCUCUAAUCUGACAUAGGUGUAACCCACGUGGAUGAAACUGACUACAUUCAACAAAACCGUUCCUACUUUCUUCUCUUCUCUUUCUAGUUGCCGUCCAAACCAAGCAGCCAAUCACUUCGCCUCACUGGUUCGAGUGACAGGAAGAGCCACCGGAUGUCACAGUUGUCCAAACGUUACAGCCAUGACGAGAUGCUGCUUCUCCCCCAGAUGGGUGUAUCAACUUCACCUUGUGGCCUUAUGGAUGAUAGCCUCCGUAGCACCAGCGAUACCCUGGCCUCGCACAGGCACUGGAGGAUCCCCAAGGUACACACUAGCAGAUCCUACACAAACACCUGGAUUAAGCUCUUGCAGAGCUCAGACUAUGUUCUCUUUCCUGUCAGAUAAGCUCAGCUUUCUGUAGAGAACAAGCCAGACAUAGAGAAGAACUUGUCUUGAACCAUUUUAGCUGUGUAUUUGAGCAACUCUUAAGUAUAGUACAGUAUUACUCUUGGCCAGGUACACCCUCUCCUCUCUUCUAUACUUAGGAUCAAAAGAAACAAAGCUAAGAUUCCCCAACAGAGAAUUUCCUCUUUCUUCUGUUUACAGCUGGUCCAGAGGAUCAACUCCAUUUACUGCACUAAACGUGGGAAGAAGAGGCUGAAAAAGCUGUCCAUGUCCAAUGUUGAGACUGCUUCUCUGAGGGGUAAGAGCCCCCUUUAUUCCCUUUAUCCACAGGCAAGAUAAGAGGGGUAAAUAUUUGUGUCUCAACCACCCACAUAGAGUUCUCUCUGUGUUCCUCUCAUGACAUAAACACAUGUUUGUGAAACAGAGCACCAACCUUUAUAAAGAAAAAUGUUUUCUGUCUCAUGUCUGCUGCCAGAUGACAACAGUGAGAGCGAGAGCGACUCUGACGACAGGUUCAAAGGUGAGUAACCUCUGCGUUCAUUUGCAAAUAUGAGAAUAUAGCUGCUGUUUGAAUAUGAGAGUUGUGUGUCAAGAUGAAAUGACAGGAGGUAUGGAUGACAUGUGAUGUGAAGUAGCCAAAAGGUCGAUUUUUAGAGGAAUACGUGCUAGUGUUUGCUUUUCUCCACAGCUCACACUCAGAGGUUGUUGAAACUGCAAUCUAUCCUCCGUCGGGCUCCCAGCUAUCGCACACUGGAGCUACAGCUGAUCGAGUGGCAGGAGAGGGAACUCUUUGAGUAUUUCGUGGUCGUCUCUUUGAAAAAGAAACCCAGCAAAAACUCCUACUCUCCAGAGGUCACCUACCAGUUCCCCAAGGUAAAAGUUAUGACUGAAUACUCCAGUCACACAUCAGUGGAGACUAUUUUCCAAAGCUUAUGCUGAGUCCAAGCCAUAUUAUCAGUGUUGUAUAAAGAACUAAACAAAUAUACUUGAGUUGAAGUAAAGUUACCUUACCAGAAAAUGACUCAAGUCAAAGUGAGAGUCUCCCAUGAGAAUUCUACUCGAGUUGAAGUCUUGAGGUAGGAAUGAAUCUGUUAAAGAAGCAUCUUUUUUGUGGUGUAUAUACAAAAAAGCUUUUAAAAUCAGUCAAUAGCUAUUAGUCAUUGAUAACAUUUGGGAAUAUAACAAUAUCACUGUGUUCUGUUAUGUCUGUGUAGUCAACAUUUACAAUUUUUUGAGCGGCCCGCUCUUUCUUACUGUAAACAAAGCCGUUCUCCACCUCCCCCAACCUGAGGCGGACAUUGCUCCCUGGUGCUGAUUGGCUGUGAGGCAGACGCUGCUUCCCCAUGUCGUUCAGGAGCCCAAACAAAGUUAGCGUGCUACAAUAUCGGACAGUAGAAACAGACCAGAAAGUACGGAAAAUUGUCUGAAACCUCCUUUAGCCACGACUGCCAACACAAGCUAGAAAACAAAGUAAAUACCGGAGACUCUGGUGGAAUAACAGACACCCUACCAACUGUCAAAGUAACAAAGUAAAAAUAGUAGUAGCUAAUAUGCUUCUGUGAAAAGUGGUGGAGUAAAAGUACACUUUUAUUUUUAUAAAUGAAGCCAAGUAAAAUUAGAAGUUGCAGGCCCAAAAAAGUCCAGUAAAGUACAGAUACGUCAAUUAUACUCAAGUACUGUACGUAAGUAUUGCUACUUACUUACUAUACAACACUGCAUAUUAUAGUACAGUUAGAUGCUGUUGACAGCAGGGAUUUAUUUUGAAGUCACUCACUGUGGUGAAGUCGACUGUUUGGAAAUCUGCAGAAGAAGAAAAACGUGUUUAAUAGUUUUAAAAUCCUUGGCACGGUCUCUUUAAUAUCAACCCUUAUUAUAGUAAUUAAAGCAAUAAUCCAAUGAAAUACCUCAUGCAUGUGGGUAGCAACACAGCUAAGAAACCAAAUAAGUAAUAUACGUAGGUUAUUCAGAGUUUAAAGGUUUUAAAUUGUACAUUAACACUUAAAAAAUAAACAGGAUCCAUUUCUGCGGCGAGGAAGUGUUUUGGUCUUCCAGGAAUAUAUUUUAAGGUUAUUCAAGAUUUGGUUCAGCAGAUGUGUCCCCUGAGGGAGGUACAUUUCUUCCAGCCAGGGGAGACACUCUCUGUUGUUGAGUUAAUGAAGACUGGAGGGGGCAAAGGUUUUACCCUGGUAUGGGAGAAAUGUCAGUCUGGUCAUUUAUUGGUUACACUGACAUCUAUGGGGAAAGGAGGUCACUUUUUAUCCAAGGGGAGAAUGAACUGAUGGUAACUCUACUUCCUCUCCUUUCCUCUCACAGCUAGAGAGACCCACCAAGCAGAUGAGGGAGGCAGAGCAGAGACUCAAAGCCAUUCCUCAGUUCUGUUUCCCUGACGCAAAAGACUGGAGUCCUGUGUUAGAGUACUCCAGGUAUGGCUGAACAACAACAACCUCUUAUUUCUGUGGAGUUAAUCAUUACUUACCCCACUGUUCAAAGGACUGCAGCUCAAUUAGACAGGAUUAAUAUUUAAACCUUUACCUGAAUAUUUUUAAUUUGAGUGAACUUAACUCAAUGUUUUACUCAGUGGCUUUUUAUUGUUAAAGAUUAAUCAUAGCUAAAUGAGUUUUGGGUUUGCCAGGAAAAAAACACCAAAGAUCUCCUGCCUUAUGAGCAACAAACUCUAAACUUCACACACAGGUAUCUUGCUUUAGAGAAUUAUUGUUGUCAGAAUAAAUGAUUAUCCAGAUCUUUUUUUCUGACUUUUCUGAAGCAUCUCUAGUCACUGAGAGCACAUUUACAAAAACAUGAACACACUGUCAAUUGCACCUCUUGAAAUGGGUUUCCCAGUAUCAGCUGUUGCUUAAUGUACACAUACGAAUUUAGGAUGUAUUUAAAUUGUUGUAACCAAAGACUGUAUACAGAAUGGACGCCGUCCGCCCCCUCGCUGGGUGAGAACAGCAUCCUCUGGUGACGGGCUGCAGUAUAGGUCAUAAAUCCCGCCUCCUCCAGUAAUCCCUAUGGAGCUGUGGAUAAACUUUAGAAAUUUAUUAAACAGAAUAUACAUUUUUCUCCUCCCUGGUUGCGAUGUAGAAAUGUAGUUACUGUCAGACUGGUUUGUGCUCAAGUCCUCUUUUUUCUGUACAGCUCCGUUUUUUAAAAGUUAUUAGGGGGUUCAUGUUUUCUAUGAUUGACACUUCAUACAGCCUAUGUAUCGUACAAAGAUUGCGUAGCUCAAACAAGGAGAAAGGUUGUUUGUGUCGAGAGUCAUCUCAGCAACUCUGGUCGAUUCUCCCGCCAAAUGCAUACAAUGCUACUGCGCAAGUGGUGUUUCCAGGAAGUGGACAAAAUCCUGGAAAUACUGAGAGAAAUUCAGCUUCAAGUUCGUAUAAUGACGGAAGGCGAAACCAAGUUGUCGAUACAGUCUAUGGUUGUAGCGUAUAACAUAAAAAGGAUGUGCUGCAUAUUUCAAAACAACGAUUCUCUCUACAGAUACUAUCAAUGAAUGUUUUUUCAGCUGCUACACCAUUUAGUAAAUGUAAAUGUCUGCAGUAUGAGCUCUUGUGUCUCUGCGUUGCUUUUUAUGGGCUUACAUAUUUGUUUCACCACAGUGAGACCUUCUCCUUCAUGCUGACCGGAGAGGACGGCAGUAGGAGGUUUGGGUACUGCAGACGCCUGCUGGUAAGUUAUGGCUCUCUGUUCACACCCCGCUGAGCCCUGUUUGUUGUGACAGACCAUUUUUAUGAGAACAUGUGACAGGUUUUUCCUGUGUGGGCAUUGAUCUGUUUCAUGACCAUCAUCUGUGGAAGCAGGAAAGAGGACGUGUACUGCAAAACAGACACAUGAGAAAAUGUGCUCAUGACUCCAGAGCUGAACGAGCACGUAAUCAGCAUUCGCCAGCUCAUUGUCGAGACUAAUCAGCAUUAGGAUCAUGAACUGGGACUUCCCUCGUUUCAUUGUUUAUGCUUGCUGUUACAAGCAGUGGUAAAAGCAUCAUCUGGAUUCACAAACAUUCAAGCCACAUCAGUCUUAAAAACAACCACUUACUUUUGAUAUAUGAAUAGCCUUUAAAACUAAAACAGAGGAAGAGAGUCGCUGAGUAAUAUUUAAGCCGUGUAAAUAAUUUCAAUUAAAGUCAAAAAGCGCUUGAAAGUAUGAUUAAAAUAUUAUAAUUACAGGUUAAAUCCCAAGUCAGGAUUGGCACGUUUGAAUUUACGAGAGUUUCUCAGGACAAAGAGAAACCAUGAAAAAUCCUAACUUUGUCAUUGUGGAGCAUUUUUCUUCAUAAUGAGUCUGCAGAGAGCUUUGAAGUUUUCUGCCGAGCUUCACAUUUAGCUUGUGGGUAGAGAUCACAGCUGUGUGGGAUUGUGUGACUGCGGUGGUAGUUUUUGUUUGCACUAUGGUUUUUUUGAGCGUGUUUACAGUACUACAGUGUGUAUGUUCUCAGAGGUUUGAUGGGAGUGUCUUAACUUUUACUGCGUAAGUGUGUUUGAGCCAAGGAGCAGCAGGGAAUUUGGGGAAAUCUCUGACCAGACAAAAAUGUUUUUUAAAGAGCUCUGAUGUGCUCUGUUGAUCUGAGAUUCAUCUUGAUAGAAUCAGAUUUUAAUGAAGGUACAAGAGGAGGUGAGCUGCUCCCCUCCAGUGACUUUGUUUCCUCCUCUCUCCUCUUCUUUUUCUCUCCUUCCUGCUGUCCAACCAGCCGUUGGCAGUAACCGUGCAUUCCUGAGGCCUUGAAUCAAGCUCCACAUAGUUGAUUUAAUCAUCCAUUAGAAAAAGCGGAGGAGAAACAAGAGGGGGAAAAUUGUAUACCUAAUAUGGACAAGUGGAUUGGUGUUUCUUGAGUGCUUGUGUUCAUUUGUGUCUCCGUGUUUGAGCGUCUGCAUCUCAAGCACAUAAUGGUCUGAGAGUGUACAGAGGAAGAAAGAUACAAUCAGCGGGAGCAGAUAAACCACCUGUGUUUAGGAAGCUGGUAUCCACAUGAAAGACUUUCACUCUGAAUCACUGCUGAGAUUAACAGACUGUCAAAACAGCAGAUCUAGAUACUACAGUAUCGUCAUCAUACAGUCAAACAUUUGAUCAAAAAAACUACGUCUUUCUGUUUUGCUCUGAUAAGAGGCCAAUUACAAUUAACAGUUUUUUACUCUUGGACUCAUUAAAAAACAAAAACAGUCAUUUCAGACGUUUCUGCUGGAAUUUCCAGUGCACUAAUGUCAGUAAGAGAAAGCAUAUCUUGGGUGUUAACAGAGGUAAGAUCAAGGUUCAUGAAUUACGUCACUGACUUCAAAAUACACAACCAUUUUGAUAUCUUGACUUGAUCUAAGCUUCAGAAACCCAGAUCUCACCAACAAGUCCAGAUGUAAAUUUUAUUUUUUUUCAUAUAAGAAGCCAAAAAAAAAAAAGAUGUAAUUGAUUGUAAUGGGUAAAAAUGGCUAUAUGUCAUUCUCCCACUCUGCCCCCAGUUUUCCUUCAAUCCACAGCCCCGUCCUCUAAACAAACACCCUAAAAAGCUCCAAAAUCUCCCACUCUGAGGAACUGGUUGGACACAGUCGAGGAGAUAUACAACAUGGAAAGACUCACAUAUAUACUGAGACUCCAACAAAUAAAAUUCAACACUGAAUGGGACAAAUGGACAAAGUCUCACUGCAGAGACGCCAUUGUAAUACUACAACAAAAUACAUGUAUCCUUAUGACACUGCUAUUUUUUUGUUAUUUUUACUUAAAAUUAAAUAAAGAACGAGUUAAAAAAGUUUCCUGAAUAGAAGUAUUCUAUCUGUUUUCUGGAAACUAUCAAGAAAUUUUACUCACUAUCAUCAGUUAAGGUCUUUUAUUUUUUUUAAUCAAGACUUGUAGGGCCAAUGUGGUUUGAGUGUCAUGUUACAUAUUGACUGGUUAGGUGAAAAAUGCACACAGAGAUUUGUGAGAUUUGAGCUCUUCACAGCGCAGAGAUUUGGAUUCAGAGACUAUGUGGAUAUAGAUCUGCAUCUACAUAGAUUUAGACCAUUAAUGACAUGAUGGGACUUUUCAUGGAGAAAAAAUAUGUAUUUUUAUCCAAAGAUAUAUGUUUUCACAUAUUAGGUUCAGUUCAUUCGUCACUGGAAGUUAUUAUAAGCCUGUGAAAACAUGUAAGAAAGUAUCUUUAAUAAUACAGUGAGGGUGUUCUCAGCUUUGCCUAGUGGGCCUCACAUUUUUGGAAGAAAGCCUGAACGUGUGAUAGAUUGAAGAUGUGGUAAUUGUAAAGGUGAACAGUGGAUGGAGGCUCUGCCAAAAGUUACAUUAUGGUGAAUACAGUCCAUUUAUUUCAAAGCUCACCCUGCACUAAACCUGAAACUGAAAGUUUUGAUAAAUCCGGUGUGUCAGAGCGUCUGUGAGUGUUUCUCUACAUUAAAUCUUGCUUUCCACUUACAGCCGACUGGGAAAGGACCUCGUCUUCCUGAGGUGUAUUGUGUCAUCAGCAGACUGGGCUGUUUUGGCUUAUUCUCCACGGUGAGCUCAGCCAUCUCCACGCAUGUGCAUGUGCAUGUGCAUGUGCACGUAUACUCACACACGUACUGGACUCAGCCAGCUACAGUUUGAUAGCUAUCUGUGGUGUUGUAGCUGCGGUUAACCCGUCUCACAGCUGGAGUAAAUGACUCUCAGCAGACCUUCUGCAGAGCGCCUGCUCAUUGGUAACAUUUCAAACCUUUCAUUAUUAUUUUUUUUUACUUUUUGAUUUUCCAGAGUGAUUGUUUCCUCCACUUUUUGACUCAGCAAUGUUAACACAGAGCAGAGCAAUCACUCUGUCUGACUUUUUCAGCCUUAUCUGAUUAUCUAUUCGUUCAUCAUGAGGAAGUCCAGACUGUUUAAGUGGCUGCUUUCUGACAUGAAGAUAUAAAUCAUGUUUAAUAUCAAAGACUUUGUAAAAGUAAGCACUGCACACGACAACCCAGCUGUAGUUAUUGGCCAGGACUUUUAUGUUGUUUAUAUUGAAUUGAAGCCAAACAAGCUGGUGAGGGGGCCUUUUCUGCCACAAAUAUUUUAUUGAAAAGACUUUUCAUGUUUUGAUCAAAUUAUUUGACUAUUUAAAAGAUGCAGGAGUAGAAAAUUAUUCAUCAAAAGCCUCAAUUUUGAGGACAAAUCAGCAAACUUGAGAUAAACCAGUGCUUUAAGUCUUGAGUUUAUUUCAGCUGUAGUUGUGUGAAACAGAUAUACAGACAGAGAGAGACAUACAGAAACAUACAGAGCCAGACAAAGGCAGAGAGGUGAAAUGAUAUGGCCCUCAAAACAUCCCAUCGUCCAAUCAGCUUUCCAGAACAGAGGCAGCCUGAACCCAAACAGACAGAAAAGCACACUGGGUGGAAUUUUCCAAUCAUGCAGGCAUGGAAAGAAAUUCAUUUGCUAUUUUUCAAAACAGAAAAUGAAUACUGAGUUCCAGACAAUUGCUACUAGUCCAACACAUAACAAUAUGUUUCCAUAAAUUGUCGCCAUGAUGACAGUGCACGUCUUUUUCAUCCAUUGUGGUUAUUCUUUUAACCGUGGAUUAAAUCCUUCUACACUAAGGUUUUUCUCAUACAAACACAUUUGCAGUUUAUGUCUGUUUUUAAUGUCCGAACAGGAUAAAAUAUGUUAUUCUUAUCUUUUUCCUGCCAUGUUCAGAUCCUGGACGAGGUGGAGCGGCGACGAGGCGUUUCAGCCGCCCUGGUUUAUCCCUUCAUGAGGAGUCUGAUGGAGUCGCCCUUCCCUGCACCAGGGAAGAUAAUCAAAGUUAAGACCUUCCUGCCUGGAGCAGGAAACGAGGUCAGAACUCCUCAAACAGAAGAAAACAUGAAUUACAAUUGACAUCUCGAGAUUAUCUUUUCCAAAAACAGUUUUCAGUCGUUCAAAUGGGAAUUUUCCAGGUGAAUGUAAACUUCGGGGAAGAAUACGAUGACUGUAUUUUCUUGUCUCUCAGGUCAUCGAGUUGAGGCGGCCCACAGACUCCAGGCUGGAGCACGUCGACUUUGACAGUCUGUUCAGCUGCUUGAGUGUGCGGCAGGUGAUACGAGUCUUUGCCUCUCUGCUGUUGGAGCGCAGGGUCAUCUUUGUGGCCGAUAAACUCAGGUGAGGCUGGUUGAGUUGUCAUCAUACACAGUCUGAAGACCUUUCAUUUUAACACAGCGUUUUGUUUUCCAAGCCUAGAAAAUUAAGAUAUAUUUUAAUGCAAAAGGCUCUUCAAAGAUUUCUGUGUCUUCAAAUUUAAGCAUUUGGGAAAAUCCUGGCUGACGAUGACAUAGUUCAUAUAUGUUUUAAAAAUGGUAUUGUUGUGCUUUUGAUUUGAGGUUAUCUGAUUGAACUGUUAGGACUGUUAUGUACUGAUUAGUAUCAAGUAUAAUAUCAGUCAGUUAGUCAUUUCACCAGUCAGUCUGAUAGCAGAAUAAAAAGUGGGUCACACAGUGAGAGUCACAGCCAGAGGAGGAUUGGGUGGGGCUGAUAAGGGUCUCCAGGGACUCGGUCUCCCAGUCUGCUUGGUUCCUACAGCAAAGAGAAAGGUACUUUUAGAGCUUUAGAGAGGCGAGGGUGGAGUGGGAGGGGAUUUGAGCGGAGCAGUAAUCUCUCCAUGUAUCAAAGCCAAGUUUAAACAAACAUCAGUGGGGGCAGUGACUGUGAGGAGAAGGAAUGUACUUCCUGUGUGCGCGACUCUGCCCUCUGUGAUCUGUGGCUCAACUGUCACCGUUUGACUUAUGAUGCCACGUUCACUCCCUAAGUAUGAACCAUGGCACUCUCCCCGUCCCUGGAGAAAAUGAGCCUAAGCUGCUCAUUACCACCAGAGGUGACAACGUGAAGGAGUCAUAGGGUGGGAAUUAUGAGGCAGCUCAACAUAUUAUAUCACCAUGAUAUAUUGAUGGUUGAUUCCAAGCAUGUAUUAUCUGUGAUCCUGGAUAGAUAACCAUACUUCCAGAGGAGUGAAAUAAUGAAAAAGCAAGGUUCAGCCAAGAGGUUCAUUCUUCUGGAUGACGUUUGUACAAAAAAGUGCAUUCACAUGUUUUUAGGAGCAAAAAUCCUGCUAACUUUGUAGUCUUACUAAGUUUGUAUCUGUGGGUUUCUUAUGGAACAAAUUUUAAUAAAUGACCGAAAUUCCUGCGUAGACAGUGAUAAACUACAAAACGGGAUUAGGGCCACAAGGAGAGACAAAAAUGAUUCCAGGAGGGAGAUUUUUUAAAUUUCCAUUUCAAGAUUAAAGUUGAAAUUUAAAAUAGUCAAAAUGUCAACUUUAUUCAUGUCAACUUAAAUCUUGGAAUUCCGACUUUAAUCUCAAAAUUUUGACAUUUAUCUCCUUCCUGUAAUAAAUUUUGUUCUCCUCAUGUGGCCCUAAUCCUCUUUUGUAGAUAUACAGCCUCAGUUUUUCUGUAUGUUUUCUAUGAAUAAGCACAUGCUACCACACUAAUAUCUACUCAAAUCAACAUGCUAAUCUUGACCUGCUAACCAACAGCAAAUAUGCACAGACUAACCAACAGACAGGUUAAGUUCUCCAAAGGUUUCAAUGUUACAGAGUCAAGAAACAUAGCUGUUAAGUAUCCAGUUUUGGCCAGGAAACUACCGUAUUUUACCCCUCUUUUCCGCCUUUUUUCGGUUUUAGUACUCUCCUGGAAAUCUCCUGUAUUAUAGUAUAAAAAAACAUUAUUCUGCCUCUCCAAACUUAACUCUGUGACUAGAGCGAAGUACCCACCAAUUAGUAGUAGCGAGUUGUCAUCUGCGAUCACACAGACAAUAAACUGACAGCCUACAUUACUGAUAAAACAAUAUAAAAUAAGUAUGGUAUAUUAAAAGAAAUGCAACAUAUAUUAAUCUUAAAUUUAAUUAUACCUACUUUAUGAUUAGCACUAAUUGUGUGUAUUGAUUAGAAUCAGUAGUUCAGCAUGUUGCAUACAUACAAAGCGUUUGCUCUGUGGUUUGGUCUGAAACAGUGACAGGGCCUCACUGCAGCAUUAAUGACUUCACUGAUAAGAGGGCUGCUCCCUCUGGGGCUCUGGUACAGAAUCCAUUCCCAAAAUACCUCCCUAGCAGAACAUGAUGUAUAUUUUUCACUCGAAAUGUAUAUCAAACACAAGCAGGAAGAGCCAUGAUCGGCAUUUGUUCUCCGUGGGGUCUUUUGUGGUUUAUUUCUUUUGUAUGGUACACUUUCAUAACGCUUAUUUUCCUUCUCCUUUAAGUCGCACAGACAGUUUCCUCCUCGGCAGUGAUCCCCUUAACUAAGCCUGUAAUAACAAGUUUGAUGCCUGAUCAGAUAAAUUCAUCAUGAACUGUGUCACUCAGUAAUUGCUUAACUCAAUUGACCCGCAGAUGCUCGCUGAGUUUCGUUAGAUCUGCAGACUUGUGUAAACAGUCUUUGUCAGUCCUCAGGCUAUAGAUGCGGACGGUUACCAAUUUGUGGUUGUGAGUCAGGAUUGAUCUCUUGGCACGGCGGUGAAAUUCUCCUACAGUCAAAGUGUCUCUGCAUAUUGGAUCUGAAUGACUUUCCCUGAUAUGACUCCAUCGAGAUGAUUGAAUCUCACUAUCUUUCCUGCUUUAUUUGAAACAGAACUGCCACUCUCAUAUUGAAAGUAUAAAAUAAUAUUUUAUUGCAAAGAUGGUCUGAUGUUUCAUGUGCUGAUCGGAGUAGCAUAGAAGAGUAAAAGUGAGGGAUGUGUAUGUUUGACGGUUCGAGGGGAAAAGGAGUAUUAAAAAUGGAUUCCUAAAAUUGAUCAUGGCCGUGUUAGAUUAAUCCAGAUCAUGUAGAAGUUGUUUGGGUUUCUGGAAGUUCCUCCUUUGUCUGCUUUGCUUUUAAUAGCAAAACUGGUGUGUUCACUUUUUUUAAUAAAUAGUAAAAUAUUAAGUGUCCCACGCAUGUUUAGUUUUUGGGGUCACGUUUCAGGGUAAGAACAAUCCAGCUGUCUGAAAACCAGUUUCAGGUAUUUAGAUUACCGAGACAGUUUGCAGCUGCAGUAAUAUGAUCAAUGGUGGCUGUAAACUGUGGACAGGUAGAGUUAUUGCCAGAGCCCGUGGCAUUUUUCUAAUCAGUAUGGUAGCACACUCAUUUCAUUAACUUCUCCGUUAUUCUCAAACACUUUCUGUAACACACACCGCAGACUUGGCGCGCUGCCAAGACCGCUUUUAACAAGUUAACCAGCUUCUCAUUUCAUGUUUAACUCUGGACUAGAUUUCAAACAUGGGAAAUAUUUCUGUUUUUGACAAAGAGACGAGAACGAGUAGGUCAUUAGCGGAGCCUGACCAGCUGAUUUUCCCAUCAGUGUCAUUCUUGUGAAUGUUUCAGCCCACAUGUACGCUCACAUUCACAAACACCUGCACACACAUGUCUGCCCUCCAGAGAGCUCUGAUCAGACUCAGACCUUAUUGUGGUUUUAAAGGGAACUCGUGUCGAGUUUCCCUUAAAGAAGCCGUUCCUCAGUGUAAAAUGGCUCCUGCUGUUGUCUUCAGUGAAGCAGGAGAGCUGAGAGAUCCUCAAAGACAGGAAGUGAGGGAAAACCAUUUGGGGACUUAGGAAGCACAGAACGUUCUGCUAGAGGACGAAAAUAAACCAUGCGCAGCUUUUCGUAAGGAAUCCUAUAGGUCCAUACGCACUCACACUCACAUUCAUACUCGCUAUAUGUAAUGUUAGGUUUUAUUCUGAGCUUGGGAAGAGCUUCAAGAUUGCUCUUGUCGAGCUUUGCAGCACAGCUGGUGUCUGACAGCUGUGUUCAGUUCCUCUUACUCGUCUCCUCUUUGUCCUCUGUCUGUGAAAUGAGUCUUUGCCAUGCCAGCACUGGAAGACACAGUGCAGUGCUUUAGUAGGGCUGUGAGGCAUGCAGCAGAACAGGCUUUUGUCUCUUGCUCUCUUUCUCGGACACUAAAAUUUCCCUCCUUCCCCCGGGCUUCUCGGGCUAAGCCUCUGGAUCUUGUGUUUCCGGGAGUAUCUGCCAGUUCAGCCUCACACACGCUGAACCGGUCCUGGCAGACCCACGAGAGCUAAUAUGUCAGGAUUAGCUCCCAAACCUCAACACAUAACAGCUCUGCGUAGACAUCACAAACUCCUUUCUCUUUUCCUUUGGGUAGGAUCAUAAACUAAUAUGACUUUUGGGUUAGUAAUCAUAUUGACAAAAAUUCAAUUAAUCACUAGUACUUAUUUUAUGGUUAUAUGGUUUAAUAUGCACUGAAUUUAUGUGGUUAAACAUGCAGAUGGUCUGGUAUAAUAAAAUUGCACAGGUUGUUGCUUGUAACCUUUUAUGAUAUCUCCAUGAGGGUAACAAAUCUAGUCUAUUGCAUAAGAGAUAAAUGUUGUCAUAAGAAUGCUAACAUGUGGACUUUGACAGAGCUAGCAUGCUUGUUUAUGAUUUUUUUAAAAAUCUUAGAUAUGUCUUUAAAAGAUUCAAGAUAUAAACAGCUUUAUUUAUCCCAGAGGGGCAAUUCAGUUUUGCAGCCUGCCCAUAAAACAACAAACACAAACAGAGAGAGUCAGUGAACAGCAGCCCUCAGACAUGGCAGUGAUAACAGAUCUGUUGUUGGGCAGCUGUGUCGUAAAGACAAAAAUGUACAAAUGUUGGCUGGACAUGAUCAUUCAUGAAUUUGCACUAAAAAUCUGAGGCUUGGAAGAUUUUUCGAAGUUUUGCAGGUACUUUUGUGGCAGGUCAUUCAAGGGUUACUUAAAGGGAUAUUCCGGUGUAAAUUUCAUAUAUGGUCAAACACACUGUAACAUCGAGUUAGACAACCCCUCCAGAGAUGAAUGUUGCCGACUGCUUGCUUGACCGCACGAUAGCAAUACACAGCGGUCUACGUCUCCACGAGCAAACCUCAACCAAAACGCCACUCUAUAGCCACAAAUAAUGCUCAGAACAGCACCUAACUUCAUCAACAGUACAUGUAGGGUCCCAGCCAUAGUACUAGCCAUCAAACAUCUUUUUAGCUUCGCCUGAUGUCUUUGGCAAAGAGACUAAACACAACUCACCUGCUCUCCUCCAGCAGACACUUGUUUGUGGGGGAGCCCUGAUGAGUCGAUCACUGAGUGCAGUGGAUCAUGUCCAUGAAGCAAUAUCAUCAUAGUAAUCAUUUUGCACUGCAGACGCAGUAGUCCUUCUGCCGUAGCGUCUCGGUCUGAUUGCAUUUCCAUGAAGUAAUGAUCAGAAAUGUUCUUCCUUGAGCUGCGGAACUCCGCUGCACUCUGUUAUUGACUCAUGUACAUAUCUUUUUCUUAACUUUAGUUUCCCAGAUGCUGUUAAGCUAAGCUCUGAGCUUUCAGUUGGCCUUCCCUGUAAGUUUCGUUUCUUAUUUAUCACCUGACAUGCCGGCCAAACACUUAUUUGUUCUUUGAUUUUAAACCAUGUGUUGUCUGCAGGUCUUGAAUUUUAGUCCUGAUCUAACAGGAACGCCCCGCUCUUUCUCCAGAGUUGAGUGGCAACCUCUGGUAGUGCGCCAUGUUUUCAUUGCAAGUUCAUCUCCUCCCAGGAGUGUGCGGUUGGGGAUUGAGUGUAAUUGAUCCUUUUGGUAUUAGUGGUGUGCUGGACUGCGUGUAGCCCGUGGCAAAGGUUUUUUGAGAUCUGUGCCCCAUCGCUCCCUGUUGGAACUUGUCAAAAACCCUGGAGACGGGAUCUGUUAUGAAUUAUGAAGACCUCCUCAGGCAGAUGGAAAUCAGACUGGCUGAGGCAAAGCUACAAAUGCUUUAUGUUAUGAGAAAACUGGAAAAGGCUUUAUAAGACUGACUAUUGCAACCUUUGGGUUUUACUUGUGUUCAUCUUUUUAAUGAUGCACUUUUUAGACUUGGCGAUUUGACUCAUGGGAAGUUAAGAUCGAAAAAAAAAAGGCAAACUUGGUUGGAAAAGUUUAUGAUUCGUCUCGGCACAACGAUUUGGAUGUCUGUUUUUGGUUUGUUACUCUUGGAGUGGUCAAAGCAUCUCCCACUGACACUGAAAGAGGCCAAAGACAGAGCGACUCUUAAUUACUAUGAAGGUCUUUUGACAUUACAUAAAAAGUUCCUCUGUAAGAGUGCAAAUACCUCAAGUUAUGUGCGUUUGCAUACCAUAUUUGAUCCCUGGUCUUGUUCUUGAUCCAUACUGAUCUAGAGUUGUGUCUGUGUGUGUGCAGCCAUGGUUUAUUUUCACUCUCUUUGUGUACAUGGACUGGACAGUAUGUAGAGGACAGAGGGAAGGAGGGGUCAGCCACUGUCAACAAGCGAUGGAUCGUGAGAAAGCAGGCUGCUAUUUGUGAUCUCUGUUUUAUACCACAGCUGUUGAAGUUAAACCAAAUUGGUGCUUUUUUGGUAGUGUGUCAACAACCCUCCAGCUUAACUAUAUCAACAUGUCAGAGUCACGCAACCCAUCAAGGCAAGAUUAAUGUCUGUGUGACGCUCUUUAUUGGGCUCAAACGUCCUCUUUGUGGCUUGUAGUAGAUGUGUAAAACCUGCAAGAUGCGAAAGAGGAAGUGCAGUUGGAAAAAAAUUCCACAUGAAGUGUGCUUAACUGUGCUAUUAUAUUUCUCACAGGAAGUAUGAGAUGAAGGAAAGGAGUGCUCACUUAUCCUGGGGAAAGAGCUUAAGGAUGAAUAUAUCCCUCAUGGCCCUGCGGUUUAUAGUUCACCAUAUUUCACACUGUAACAACAGCUAAUGGUAGCGUUCAGCUGUUGACUUUGUCACCAUUAGAUAAGUGGCUGUCUGCAGAGAUUUUCUUUGUAAGGAGGAAAACAUAAAGCCCUCAUAGUUUUAACAACAAGAUUAAAUUAUGCUGUUGUUGAAUAUUAGCUUAUGGAUGACCACAUGUUGUUUUAAUGAGGUCUACUGAGGUUAAUUUUCUCUUGUAUUAUGAUAUUUUAAAAAAGCAGAGCUGUAAUAUCGUCUUUUUCUAUCUAAAGUAUUUGCUAAGAUGCAGGUAAAUGCUAACACUAGCUUAUGUCUUUGUUUGGGUUUUUUUUAACGUGUAAUAUGAGCCAGUUCUCUCCCAGACUCGUACUGUUUAUUGUUUUAAGCGUACAUUGAUACUGGAACAUUAGUAUAACAUUUAUUUGUUAAGCUGCUUUACAACUCAUAACCUGGAUCGUAGGGCUGGGCAAUGCACCGAAAAUUUACCGAUACCGAAAUUUACGACAAUAACCAAUGUCAUUUUGCCCAUGUCAGUUUAUUCUGUGUCAAAAAAAUCAAUGAACAAAAGUUGAUUUUGGAUGUGUGUAGGCAGGCUAUGGUCUCAUGUCCCUUUAGGACGCUGUCCUAUGUCAGAGACGGGACUCUACCCAAUUCAGUCUGUAACAAAGAGGGAAAGACAGGUGAGGAGAUGGAGGACGGUUCAAAAGUUGUAGCGGCUGAAGUAGACGAAGUUAAUGUGGGAGGGUGUGAGCAGCUUGUGGAGUAGUUACUGUCCAUUUAUCGUUAUCGAGGUGAACUGCUGUAUAUCGUGAUAUUGAUUUGAGGCCAUAUCGCCCAGCCGUACUAGAACGUAUCAACAUGUUACCAUCCUCUAAAUUGUAAGAGGUAAUAUUUUUUUUUUUGAACAGUAGCUUCGGACUGAUGCUUUUUAAUCAUGUCCGCUCCUUCUGUCUGAAUUAAACUUAUCUACCCAGUAAAAUAUUUGUCCAGUUCGGACUGUGUUUAGUUUUUCCUGUCGAGGCCUCUGCAGGGCUUUGCUGUUUCAUUGAAAACAAUGUUGAUGACUGUCUUCUCUUGUGCUCUAUUACCAGCACCUUGUCCAGCUGCAUGCUUGCAGUGGUGGCCCUGCUCUACCCUUUCUCCUGGCAACACACCUUCAUCCCUGUGCUACCCGCAUCCAUGUUGGAUAUCGUGUGCUGUCCCACUCCCUUCCUGGUGGGGCUGCUGUCCAGCUCUCUGCCAAAGCUAAAGGAGUUACCUGUAGAGGAGGUGAGGACACUGGAUUUGUUUUUCUAGAUUCUCGAGACCUUUAGAUUCACUUUUAUUUUACAUUUAGGACCUCUGUCUCUACAUGCCUCAUGUUCUGAAAACUGAAGGAAACUGCUUUAAGAUAGUCAUUCUAUUAUUAACUCUUCUGCAUCAAGUCUUCUUAUACUGAGGGACAGGCAAGAUGAAUUCAGACAUUGGCUUUGGGUGAAUACUAAUCUGAGACGUUGCAGGUAUCAGGUUUGCAUCUUGAUUUCUUACAGGAACUGGCAAAGGGUAAUUUUGUCUCAGCUUAUGUCGAGAGUUAAUUUACUUGAAAAGACGCACAUAGUACAUUUUUGUUCAGAUUUCGUUGUGCUUAGAAUAAAUGCUUUUUUCACUUCAUGUUGACUACAAAAAUAUACUUGUAUAGGGUGACCAUAUUCUGAAUCCGGAGUUGGCCUAGUCAAUUUUGAGAGUUUUUGGGUCGGGCUUAAGGUGCUUCUAAUUCAGAAAGUCCACACAACACAAACUCAAAACUGCCAUACAUAACCCCAAACAUUUGUGGGAUUUUAUAAACUCCCUCGGACAAGGCCGGACAGCCCACCAAAAAGAGGACAUGUCCAGGUAAAAGAGGACAUAUGGUCACCCUGUACUUGUAGGAAAUACAGAAGAGAAAUGAAUGAUAUCUGAGGAGUGAUUGGCUUAUUUUCCUCUUUUCAGGCUCUAAUGGUUGAUCUGGGAACUGACAGAUUCAUCCGGCAGGUGAGUGCUUUAAGUCAUCAAUAAAGCAUGGAAAAAAAUUGAACAUUAUGAUUAUAUAAAGUUUGCUGAGCUGUCGUUCCUGCAGCAACAACAGACAUUGGUUAGAUCUAGACACAUGGAAAAACCCAUUGACUUUCAGCAUAUUUUAUUUGGCAUUAUCGGUAAAACUACUGAAAUGUUGAAAUACACGCACCAGUAUCAAAGGCAAACAGCCAGAAAAAUGUCACAAUUUUGUUAGCUUCACUGAGAAAAUAGGCGUUUAAAGUUAAUUUAAAAGGCUGACAUUCGCCAAAGCUUCUGUUAUUUUAGAUAAAGUAAUAUUGAAGAAGAAAUUCAGUAAGGCUGAGUAAGUGUGUUUUCUUUUGCUGCUUGUGAAAACAAUUUUCAUUUGUAGGAGGAAGAGUUUCUCUUUCUCAAAGUUACCAGACCGUCCUUAAACAGGACUCUAAAACAUGCAGUUUUCUGUUGUAGUUUUGUGCCUUUUAACUUUGUUGUCCAAACAUUUCUGUUUAUCACUUGUGAUGGCAACGUUUCCCAUGGUUUACAGAUGGACGACGAGGCCUCACUGUUACCGCGGAAACUUCAGGCCGCUCUUGAGCAAGCUCUGGAGCAGAGGAAUGACAUCAUCAAUCAGGACUCUGACAGCGAGUCAGACGAAGGUGAAUAAGUGACAAAUCAUCUCUCCCCACCUCAGAGACAGAUGUUUUCCUAAAUAAUUAGAGCAACAGUUUCUGUAGAGAAACAUGUUCAGUCUGAGUCUCUGUGAAACUGGUUCACGAUGACGUCCCCCUCAGCACAGACUCUCAUGGCUGCGAGUCAUGAGGGGAGCCUAGGUCAGGUGAGAUAAUAUUCCGUCAGUGAUAAUAGAGGUCACAUGUCAAGCUACAGGUGCUUUUUUCAGCAAAAGGUUAAUUAGAAGAAUUAAGAAUAUGUUCAGAAAAUUUUAAACUUUUCCAAAAAGCAGCAGUCCAUCAUACUUUGUUUCUCCUUUUUUGUUUUAUGUUUUCCUGACAUUGUGGUAGACAUGAUGUCUUGACAAAGUUAUUUUGGACCAUAGUCUCCUCUGUGUUUGCAUGUAUGUCCCAUAUGGUCAAGCAGUUAAAAUUCCUGGUUUUCACCCAGGCGCCCCGGGUUCAAAAAUUCAUUUUCUCUAAGAUGCACAAAAAUGUGCUCCAGUUCCCGAAAUGAGGGAAUCAACGUAAAUAUAUUUUAAAGACCCUCCGUCUCAGCUUUCCACAUUCCUCUCCGAAAUAAAACAGCUGACAGUUUGUGGUUUUGCUACAUCUGCUGCAUGUCACUCACAACCUGUUCUUGCUAAUCGACAAUCCAAAACAAGACUCAACAGCAACCAGCAGUCUGUCAGAUUAAACGGAUGUUUAAGCAGAACUUAAACCAAGAAUAAAAGAGGCAAUGUUUAAAAUAGAGGGACACAUUGUUGGAAACACAUGUUCCUUGUGUUCCCUUAUACUGUCAUUAAAAUUCGAUUAUAUGUGGGUGACAAAAAAGCAAAUUACAAAAGAGAAAGAUUGACGACUAUAAGACAAUCACAUAUGCAAUAAAUGCUUUCAUAUUCAUGUCCCAUAUGGUCUAGCGGUUAGGAUUCCUGGUUUUCACCCAGGCGGCCCGGGUUCAACUCCCGGUGUGGGAAUCUGGGUUUUUAAGGUGGUUUGUCUUCACUGCAUAAUAGGUAAUAAAUUUGUCAAGUAUCUCUCAAAACUCUGGCUCCCGUGGCACAAAUGUGAAGAGUAAUAAUGGUCACUUCAUGCAUAGACUUUCUGAGGAGCAUAGAAAAGAUCCUAUUGGACACAAAACAGGUGUUGUGGUGCAGUCCAAAUAUCCAGACUUCCUUCUAGUUCUGGUCUAAUUCACUGGAACUGUGUGAGUGCUGAGGUAGUCAAAUACCAACACUCACUUAGUCAGUCUGUCUGCAAGAAGCUGCAGUUUUCUUAAGACUUCAAGACAAAUUACUAACAUGAACAGAUCUUCCUAAUUUUCAUACCCAGUGUUAGUUUGAAAAUUCCUGACUUUAUUCAAUAAGAAACUGGAAGAAUUUCACAUAAACAUAGAUGUGACUUCAAUAAUAUACUGCUAUCAUGAUACUGGACUCUGUUAUGUUGCAGUAGCCAUAAAGAUAAUCAAAAGGCAUUUUAUUGUUGUAGAGUUUAGAGUUUGAAGACUUUGGUAAAUUCCUGUAAACAAUCCCCAGGAGUCAAACAAUUACUCCUUGAAGUCUGUUCAAAUUUAGGUAAAUGUCAUUUUUAAAAGUAACAGACAAACACAAAAAGGUUUGUUACAGGAAAUUUGGUUUUACUAAACCUGUUGUAACUUUCAUGUUGUUAACAGAAAGGUUAUGAUUAAACUAAUUCCAAAAGAAUGAGUUCCUGACUUGAGAAACAGGGCUGUAAGUGAUUGCAGCAUCUGUUUUCCACAUUUUUCUCAGAAAUAAAACUUGCAGCUAACACUGUCUGUGGUUAAAUUACAUCUGCUGCAUGUCAGUCAUAUCAGGGUCUUACUAAUGUGCAAAACAAAUCCAGACUCUUGUGCAUAACUGUGCUGGGUUGAUGGAUGUUUAAACUUUAUUUACAUACCCCUGCACAGUAUUCUCCAACACCGAGCCAUGUCUGUGAAACAACUUUUAAAAAACUGUUGUAAAAACUUGAGGGAGGGCGACUGGAAGGACUGCAUCACUGGGUCUGUUUUACUCUAAAAUGUUGAGGAAUCUUCUAUUUAACAGAACAUUAUGUUCUUUUGUUGUUCUUGUGUGUUCUUUUCCCUCUUCUCUAUCUGUUUAAUAUUGAUGUUAGUUUUGUCGUGUGUGUCCACAGAGUAUAACUCCUUGAACAGUCUGGUGUCAGAGGCCUUCAUCCGCUUCUUUCUGGAGACCAUCGGUCAUUACUCCCUGUUUAUCACUCAGAACGAGAGAGGAGAGCGCGUCUUCCAGAGAGAGGCCUUCCGCAAGUCUGUGGCAUCGAAAAGUAUUCGACGUUUCCUGGGUGUCUUCAUGGAGUCUCAAAUGUUUGCAGGUUUCAUUCAGGAUCGAGAGCUUAGAAAGACCAGGGCUAAAGGUAGAUGGUCCUCCUCUUUGUCUUACUUUUGUUCUCUCGUGUCAUUUUUUUUUUUUUACUCUCAAAAGUGUUGGAAAGUUUGGACUCUUCGUCUGUGUAUUUCCAAAUCUGUAAUGAAGGUACUGCAGUAAUACUGAUCUCUAGUGGCUGAAUGUUUACAUCUACUCUGGUGUUGGGCAGACAGACAGAAGUAGCUUUAACUUCUGGGGAAGCUGAAAUGAUUUUAUUUUUGAUCGAAUUUGCUCUCUUGUGUUUUUCUGUGUUGACAGGUUUGUUUGAGCAGAGGGUGGACCAAUAUUUGGAGGAACUGCCAGACACAGAGCAGAGUGGAGUCAACAAGUUUCUGAGAGGCCUUGGUGAGUCCUUCGGCAGACACAGAGUCAGAUUCCAGGCGUUUAAAAAGGGUUGGUUUGAUUUAGUUUAGUUUGUGCAAAUUAUUCAUGGGAAGAAAAACAUCAUGAACUAGUCAGGAGAUGAUUUUCCCUUUUUUUAUCUUAAAGAAAAAGUAGAGUACACAAAAAUAUAAAAUCAGGCUCUAUGUUAGAAAAAAGUGUACAGUCUUUGUUGAAACUUCUCACUACAAGACUCGAUCUAAAACUCAGCUGUGUUGUUACUGGUUCUACUUGCCAGAGGGAGCUAGACACCAACAUUUACAACCUCAAGUCAUUGCUGUUCAGUCACUGUGUCCAGAUCCCUACUCCAAAUUAUCACCAUACCCCUGAUAAGUGUAUCAGUGAUUAAGAAACAGGGUUAAAUAGUUAACUGUGACAGAUAUUCAGAUUUUUGUAUACACUCUAGACCAGACCUGGGCAUUUUACGGCCCGAGGGCCACGUCCGGCCCUUUGGAUGUCCGUCAAUCAAAUCAUCAACAUGCUAUAAAAGUGUGUCGCUUUUAUUUUGAAAACCUAGCCAUUGUUUUAUUUCCAUACAUCCUAGAUCUGCAUUCGUGAACAGAGACAAGUUUAAACAUCGGCAAAAUAUCCGUAGAUGCCUUAGAGUUGCCAAGUCUGCAUAUUAUAAAAGACUUUAAGCUUGUUUCUCUCAGAAGUGGCUUGUAAAACUCAUGAGUUGGGAUGCGUCUUUUUUGGGCUUGUUUUUAACAAGUAGUUUCUUAUUUGGACUUGCUUUUCUGUAUGUGUGAACCCCCCUGAUUUGAAGUUAAAGUUAUUGUUGGUUCGGCCCUCCAACACAGUUAAGGUUUCUCAUGUGGCCCCAUGUAAAAAUUAAUUGCCCACCUCUGCUCUAGACUAAUAAAUCAAGGCAAAAAAGGACUAAACCUUGAGUUUAUACAAAUACAAAACUGACUAAAUGUUGCUCUCUGAUAUUUUGUGUUUUUGAUUUAUUUCCAGGAAGUAAAAUGAAGUUCCUCCACAAAAAGAGCUAAGGUGAAGUCCUGCAGUCCUACAACAAAGUGAAGACCAGAUGUCUCUUGUUUUUUCCCCCCUUUUUUGAUUUAUUUUUUUUUUUGUUUUUAAUGUAAACAUGUACAUAUUAUUCCACUGUAAGCUGGCUGUGAUACUCUUCAGUGUAUGUUUAUAGUGCCUUAUGAGAUAGCGAUAGCAGGACGGUACACAGCGAGCGAGUCUCAGAGUAACCACUGAUGUCCAAGUGUGACUGUGAAGAGUUAUGCAGGUGUGUGUGGUGUGACGUGGGUGUAGAUGUACAGUUCAUAUGUUAUUAUGUCUGUUAGUUUUCUUUUUCAUUAUUUCAUCACAGUGUCGUCCUCUGUUUAAGGAGUGUAUUACAUGCAUCAAGACAGUGAAGAGAAAAACUGUAACUCUUCGUUGAGUCUUUUGCAACCUUUUAAUAAAAAAACGGAUGUUAAAACACA